UGUGUUUCUGUUGGUGCCUAGAAGCCCAGCAGACCCGUGAGCUCCACUGGAUCCAUUAGGUACCCCUCUCUUCAUGUCCUCCAUCAUGUCAAUGCCUCUGGAGAUCAGCUGUGGGUGAUUCCGGCCGGGGGAUCCCUCUGUCAACGGGACUGUGUUCUCCCCUGUGCCUUUGAGCCCCUGCACCACUCCUGCAGACACGUCAGAGUGCGAACUGCCCUCCAUAGUGAAGGUUUUGCCCAUAACCCCUGGUGCGAGAGGGAACCCGCGGCCAACACUGCUGCUUUUCUUGUUCCUUAGUCUGAAUCUGUAGGGGAAAGGGGGCAGUAGUUAUCAAGUACAAAUAUUUGAAAUAGCAUGGUGAUUGAAAACGGCAAUGUGAGCUUGAAUGUGUGAGAUCGUGUGAUGUUUUUGUUAAAUUCAAACAAAAGUGUAAAGUAGAAAAAAGAGUUAUAGAAAAAGUUUUUACUAAAGUAGAAUUAAAAAUUAACUUGCUUUACAAUUCCAUGUGUCAUUGUUGCACUUUCCACAUAUCAUUAUUCAGUUUCAUCAUUUAACACCGGCUAUAAAUUGUUGCAUUAAAGUUAUAAAACACUCUGUGACUCCCACGGUUCCCCAAGGCAGUCAAGUGUUUCCUUUUAUGAAUGCUGUUUAAUACAUCCUCACUUGGAGGACUGGAUUUACUUCCUCUCUUUAAUGGAGGAAAAGUCAGUCGUCCAAAGUGCAUGUGAUUGCAAACUCACUUCUCCAGCUCGUCCUGCGUGUGAGCAAAUGUACAGUUGGUUCCUCUGGGACAGCCUCCCUGCUGACGGAGGUCUCGGCACAUGCUGGUCUUGUACUUGCUGUUGGCCUGAGGCUACAAAAAGAGAAGAUACUUGAUUUAUUGUCACUUGAUCGCUUUAUAAGCCGUAGACUCAAGUUACAAUCAGUUACACUCUUGAUAAUGUGACACACUGAAAUAAAUUAGGAACAACUUUUACUCGAUCUAUAAAACAUGCCGGACAGUUACGACAGGUGUAGAGUUCAUGAUGAGACCUUAGUUAAUGUUUACAGCAAUAAAUCAUCUGUAGCCAUGGUGAUAUAUGGGGAUGGUUUUGUAUUUUGAGACUGUUUAGAGAAGAUAAAAACAUGUCAUUUUGAUGCAGUUGUUUCUCCAAUCCAGAAGUCAAUGAGCACAGACAGGUAUGGGCAGAUAACAAAGGUAGCACUUAGAGACCAAUGAGCCAAAAACAUCUGAGAUCUUUAGGAUAAAAGCCUUCAAGAUAAACCUGUUUGCUUUAAAGUUAACAACACUAAGGUCGCUUUCACACCUGACCAAGCGGACUCAGUUCGAUUGGGGGGCUAAAAGUUGCAACAUUGUUGCAUUUAUCACUUGUUUCGGUUCUGCUUUCACUCUGUGAUUUCUAAAGCGUACCAAACUUUCGGUGGUUGAAAGGGGCGCUCGUCGAUUGGACAAAGUAGGAGGGGUAUGUAACCUCACGGAUUACAAACAGUGGUGGACUAGCCGUCUUGUAUUUUAUGGAAUGCUACAACGUUAGUGAACGCAACCGUUCCUAUAAUGCUAUCGUAGCUUGUCAGGGACUGAUCCUGUUAUUCUUCUGACUUUGACGAUCUAACAUGUGACGACAUAUGAGCUCAGAGUUUAAGGACUGUGACUGUUGGUAUUUGUGAUUUGAUUUUGUUUAAAUACGCCAAAUUGUGAAUUUAUGGGUUAUUGUUGUUCAGACAAUUGAGCUACACUAGAUAGCAACUGCUAAUGUCAGCGGUAACUUGUUGCCAUUGCAAUAAGGGACGCCGUUCUUCCUCUACCCAAGAGACACUGCGUAUGCACUGCGCAUAGCGUCAUUACGUACAUUUGGUCCUGUGUUUAGUAUGGUGAGCUUUCACACUGCAUACGAACCGAACCAGGGUUCACUUGCAAGCGAACCGAGACCCACGUUUUCAGGCGGACCAGAGUUCACUUGUUUGGUUUGCACCAGAGUUCGGAUGAGCUUUCACACCUUACCAAAUGAAGCGGACUAUCCGAGGAAACAAACUCUGGUCCGUUUAAAGCGGACCAAACAGUUCUGGUGUGAAAGCGACCUAAGACACAUCUUCUGGCUCACUCCACUACACUGAUUUCUUUGUAAGAGGGAACAUUUUCUGCAGAUUUUUUACUGGUAUUUUCUUCUGUCUUCAUUAAAUUAUUACUGUGCUGCUGUUGGUAGCCAAAGACUAUGUCAUGUCAUCUCAUCCAACACAGAGGCAGGAAGAACAAAACGUCCUGCUGGAAAAAAGAAAUUAAAUUUUCACAUCGAUGGCUGUCAAACUGUCUGGAUACAACAGAAGAACAAAUGUGACUCUUACUGCUUAUUGUUUCAAAAAGAAAAGCUCAUGUUUACACAGUCCAUCUUAUUUCACUGAAUCUGACUAAACUAGCACUCUUAACGUGUGUUUAUAUUACAUAUUGAAGCACCUGUGGUGUUUCGUGGCUCUUCUUGCUGAAGUUCUGUAUGAAUUCCACCAGUCCGUGAACAACCAGUUUCACAGCCAGCAUCACACUUUCCAGCUCCUCCCAUGACGGUGCCGGGGCAUCUACACACAGAUAAACAACAGACAGUCAAGUCCGUUUUACACAACAAGGAACCUUUUGUUUUGUUUUCUUAUCUUGUUAUAACACCUUAAACUUUCUACUAAAAGUCACCCAUAUCAAAUUACCGUAUAAUUCUCUAAAUACUGUACUAAUAUAUAAGAAUAUUUAUGAAGAUUGUCAGAGGCUCUUAGAAUAUGGACAAGUAUGUGUCAAUAAGGAUGAUUCCUUGUUCUGAUAUACAGAGAGGAAGUGGGACUAAAUAAGUAGUGCUUCUUCCCACAUCUUUAUGAAUAUGUAAACCAAGUUCUUAAGUCUUUUUUUCUCAUUUUCUCUUUCUUCAUUUCAAUUUAAUUUAAAAUCAAUUCAAUAUUUUAAGAGUUAAGAUUAAAAUUGUUUGAACAAAACCAAGUACCCGGGUUGUGGUCUAUGUUAGCUAGCAGCUCCAGGUGUGGUCUAAGGCUGGUGAGGUUGGCAGGGUCUCCCGUCCUCUGUAGAACAAUCGUCAGCUCCUGAACGCUCUUUGCGAAUGACUCUGGAGACUGCAGCUGGAGCAGAAGACAGAAGAAGAAAAGAGAGAGCCUUUGAAUACUACUGAUUCAUCUCUCUUGUGCUUCAAGAGGCUUGUUGUACAUAAAUGUUCCUUUCAAAAGUGAGUCCAUCAGUGAUAAAUAAUAGUUUGUUAGUCUUGUCAAGCCUCUAAAUCUUAAUUGUACCUUGUCGAUGAUUGACUGCAUGUGGGAUUUGUGGACAAGGUCUCCGUACAGCAAAGAAGACCACUGCUCAGGUGAAAUUCGCAGCCCUGCUUCCAUGGCGAUAUGGACAAUCUGAGCAUCGUGCUCUCUCCUUAGAGCCUCGUAGGUUCGAAACUCUUCCUUCAGCUGCAUCAAGGAGGAGUCUUCAUCACGUUUAGUCACCUGACAGGGUGGUGAGGUAAGGAUGGAGGUAGAAAGGACAAAAAGAUGAACUGAGAGUCAGGACACAGAGAAAAAGGAUGAUAAAGAUGAGCAUUGCAUCGAUGGACUACAAAGUAUUUUUUCUUAUUUUGGUUUUUAGGUAUUACAGGUCACGCUUUUGUUUCUGGUGUCUUCAGACCCAUAAACUCAACUUCAGAUCAGACAAAGGGAUUCUCCCUUUCUCAGAAUCUGCCCUAUGAGUAAUCAUCAUAAGACACCAACACACUAUCCACUGUCUCUGCAGAGCAAACACUAAAAAUAACGCCAAAGUCAGUCAGAUAACGCAGUCAGUUUUCAUCCUUUCGUCCAUCUUAUUCAGGUUUCUUUUUGGUCCUCCACUUUUAUCUAUUUAUCUUCUGCAGCAUCUCCGUACUGUCGGCCUGGUGGGGCAACAGGGGCAAAUAUAGACUGUCGUUACAUCACAACAGAUAGCUGGAAUAUCUGCCCUACCAGCGAUGUCCGUCAUUAGAUAACCGUCCCAAAAAUAUACUCACAAACAGAAACUUUACCCACAGAGGCCUGUAUUCUUAUUACAGACAUGACUUCAGGGCGGAAUAAGAUGUUGUAGUAUGAGUUAGCCCAUCAGGGAGCUAUAGUAAGAGAUUUUUAAGAUAGACAGGGUAAUGUUAAGAUUGAGCACAAUCCAAAGCUGGAGCGUUUUAUGAAGCUCACUGACAGAAUUUCUCCAGGAAUCAUCCCUUGAGUUUAUGUAAAAGUUUACUGAGUGUAAAAUAUGUUAUGAUAACUCCUGAGACAAAAAGUUUAGGGGGGAAGGAGUAUGUAACUGAUAGCAUUGAGAAAGUAUUCAAGUGGUAAAGGAAUAUGUAGCUAAUCUAUUUAAAUAGGUCAUGUUAUAUGAAUUUGAUUAUUGCGACAACAGCAAACUAAGCCUCUUUAGUUCCAUUCAAAGAGCUUCGGAUAGCGUCGUCCCACUCACAUGUUCUUAAAUAUAGAUAUAUUUAAAGCCUAGCAGUGUAUCGUUCUGCAUGCUCUUUCCUGUUGCUCGCACCUUGAAGCAGGAGGCCCUGUAGAGCAGCUGCACCACGUGGCCUAUGCUGGUUUUAGAGGCCUGGGGGAAGCGAGCUUCAAGCUUCUGGACCACAAACAAAACCAACACUUUCCUGGACAAAGCUGAGCCAUCCUCCAGGGCCAGAAGGACGAGCUUCAGUGCAUCUUCUUGCAUAGCUGAUGAGAAAUUGGGGAUAGGGAGGUGUACAGAAAGAGAGAGAGAGAGAUCUAUAAAGACAGUCCAGGGAUAAUCUUCAGCAUACAAAUAAACAACAGCGAUCAUGCAAAACUUUUUUCACCAGGUGUCCUCAGACUUUGAACCAACUCAUACUGUUAUCAUGAUGAGAAAGUUUCCCAGUCAGAAUCUGCCCUAUGAGCAAUCAUCACAGGACACAGCGAUCGUUUUGAUGAGGCAAGCAUAUCAAGCAAUUUAGACUAGUCAGAAGACAGCUCAUGGACACCAUGAGCUCAGUCAACUAAGAGGCUAUCCCUUGAAUUUAAAUGCCCAUUUACUGAGUAAUUUCAGCAAAAAAACUAACAGCUACAGUAAUAACAGAAUCUGUGAAAUGGAAAAAAGCCAGUAUCAUAUCCCAAUUGUCUCAAAAAUCACACGUAAUGCCUCGUUCAAAAGAUCUAUGAGCCUAACAGCAUCAUGUUCUUAUCACUGAAAGGUUUGUGCGCUGUGUAUCUCGCGAACACCCACCAGGUCCAAGGAACUGGCAGCCCCGUGCCCUCACCGCUGCCCAGAGGUUGGCAGAGAGCUGCUGGGGGUUUUGGUGCUGCAGGAUGAGCUCAGUUACUGUUCUUUCACCCAAGGACCGACCGGCUCGCACUGCCCGCACACGGCCCUCCUCCUCCACCAGCUGGCAGUUCACCAAAGUCACCAGCUUCCUCUGCAUUGGUCGACUGAGCACGCUUGGACUCAAGGUUGCCACACCUGUACAGUGUGAUAAACAGUAUCAGCUUCAUUAACAUUGUCUCAAUUAAAACAACUAGAAAAACAGUUUGAUUAUAAAGUAAAAAUUUGCAUGUCUAGUGACAAAUAUGGGGCAGGUUUAUCAAGUAGCUUAUUUCCCAUAAGAGUUUGUAAAGGAAGCAGACCAUAAUAAGUGAGAGUUCUCCAAAUAUUAACCAAAAACGACAAAUGCUACCACCGCACUGUCACGCAGAAUUGAGUACACGAACAACUGGAUGUGGUGAGUUUCAGUUCUUGUCUUGUUACUCAGACAGACAGCUGAAUAUUCCUCCAGUACCAUGGAAGUAGAGCAGAUUUAAGACGUCAUGACAAGUGUGAGAUUCAUGAAUGACAAGUUACACAAGCAGCUCGACUGCUUCUCCCACACAUUUAGUACAAAAGGCUUCAUGUUCUUUCAUAUUUCCUCCCAUAAUUUGGAAACACUUCUCUUUAAAAAAAAAAAAACAUGCAGUACUGCUUGUACAAACCUUUUGCUCCACUGAUUGGCUUCAGGUAGAGAGCCAGCUCUUCCACACACACUCUGCACGCUUCAUAGUGCUCAAUUUCAGCCGUGCUGCUCAGGCUCACUGGCUGAACAUCGGGGAUCUGUGGGACGCAGAGAAUGAGCAUACACAACAGGUCUAAAAAUGCAGAAAGAGGUAAAGUUUUGAUACGUUUCGUCUUCCUCCUGACUCACCUGAGCUCCAACCAGCUGCAGCAGGGCACAGUUGACCGGCAGCAGGUCGAUGUCCGUGCUGAUUGGAGUCUGGUCAAAGGGGCAGGCCUUGCGAUGCAGUUUGUGUAAGCAGGUCUUACACACUGUGUGAGAGCAACCCAGGCUGAUGGGCUGGUGGCCGCUGCUGUCAAACUCAUUGUAGCAGAUGGGACAGGACAGGAACUCUGUCCACUGGGCGGCCUGAACCGGCAUCCUGCCGCCAGACCGCUGAGGGAGGCGUCACCAAACUCAAGGGGAAUGCAUGACAACAAGCCCUGACAACAGCGCCUGUUGAGAGCCGGUGAUGACUGUAAGAAAAAAAAACAAGAAACAUAAAGCCAUGAUGUCAUUUAUAAGUCUAUAGGCAGAGAGAUAAUUGAAGAGGUAACCAGAAAAGUGAGUUACACUAUUUCUUUAUAUGCAAACACAAUGCUCAAGACUUUUUAGUUAUUUAAGGGGCAACACAUACUGAAAAUACUUGAUCAGUUUAGUUUGGUUAUCUUGUUAAUUCAUUGACUUGUUUCAGCAUUAAUCAAAUAACCUGUUGGUAGCAAUGGUAUGGACAUAUAAAACUUUGAAGCAAAACAGGCACCAAUCUGAACAAUUUAGUACGUUUAUGCAUACUCUUUUAAUUCAAAACUUUGUCCGCUGUACUUCACUCUUGUUUUCUGUGAGUGUUGUAACAUAUUAAAUCUAUCAAAUAUUAAAUACAAUUGUAUCGGGGGACCUGGGAAACCCUGAUCAAAAAUUCUACGUAUGUACAGAUUGUGUACAAUCUAUACUAUUAUAAACAAAAUGAUUUAUAGAGUUCUUGUUUUCCAAGGAUCCUUAUAUUAACAACAUCCUCGAAGUAAGAAAGACUCUUGUCAACUUUGUUCACACAAAGUGUAAAUUAACCCUGACCUUCUUUCUAAAAAAUUUAAUUAAUCAAGAGUUCAUUCAAAUAGAACAAUCUGAUUGGACAAGAGGCAUUCCUUAAGUGCUGAUACAGAGCAUAACAUCAGGUUCACCAUACUUAAUGAAUCGCUUCGCUCAGGUUUGUUUACCAUUGAAUUUGUUAAAUAAUAGACUUUUAUUCCAUCGGUUGCAUGUUAAAUUUAACUAUAAAUACAUGUGUGAUUCAAGGAAGGUGGUCUACAAUAACCAUGGACACAGAUAAAGUGACAAGAGUGUGAGAGGAUGUUUGGGUUGUAGUCCAGUUUCUGUCAAGAACUAGUUUUACAAGUGGAACAAAAACUAAUUUUACUUUUAACAACUAUAGCUCACUUAUUGCAAUGAUAUACUAGCUAUCUUUGACACUUUGCCUGUAAACUCAUAUCUGUGACUGAAACAGAUGUGUUGAUAAUUAGUGCAUCACCUUCACUCAUAAUAUUGCUUAAUCCUUCUUAUCCUCAGAUUACAUUAACUGCAAAACCACUAACUUUAUAUUGGGGUUUCUGAUGGGCAGAGCACUUCUUAAACUUGGUGGCAGUAUGAAGAUGAAACUUGUACUUUGAGCUCUACCAAGUGUCAUAAACAUUUAGCUGAGUACACCAGUAAUCUGCAGCCUCUUAGCCAUAAAAGCUGAAUAUUUAUUUGAUGUAAUAUCGGCCAUAAAAGUGCUCUCUCCAUCUCUUAUAAAGUGGUUGCUGCCAAAUUCUCUGCACACUUAGCGUUAAGAGACAGCCCCUAAAGACUUGUGGUGGAAACAGUUUUUCAGCACUAUGUCCAUUUGUAAAUCUUAAUCAUCUCAUUACAGUAUCAAAAGUGACUGUUGAAAGCCUGUAGGAGAAAGGUUUCCAAAAUCUGUUUUGGUAAGUUACAAAUGUCCUUAUUUGAGACAACAUCUUUGGGAAAAACCCUGCGUUUUCUGGCAAUACUAAUCUCAUGUUGAAUCGUAAUAUCAUGCUCAAUGUGCUGAUCAGUUUGGUAAACACAGACUAUACUUGCAAGUUCGAGCUGAUAAAGCUGAACAAAAAAAGCACCCUGUGUACAGGAAAUUUGGGCCUGAAACUUUGUUGACGUAAGCAGUUCCUACCUAUCUUUUACAAGAUAGUUUGUUUGAUUUUUAUUUCUGCGGGUGCAGAUUUCAAGACUGUAUUCAACUGGCCACACUGCAAUAAGGUGGAACAAAAACAUUAAAACAAAGAUGAAGAUAUAACUGCACAUUACAGCAGGAUGGGUUACUGUUAGAGGUUACUUAAAUUUAACUUUUUAUAAUAUUAUGCAGAAUGUUAAAUCAAUGCCUCUAUACAAAAACAAUAUUGUUCUGAAACACAAGAAUACAGAUUCCAAGCUGUAUGUUGCUUACAUCGCUAUAUUUAUUGCCAAUUGGAUGAUUAUGUAUUCAGAAAUUCAGUUAUUUAUGAAACAAACUUGUUUACCACAAGUUUCUUACAGGCGUGGGAAAACUGUAAAGGCUGGUAAAGCUGGUCACAACAGAUAUGCAGCAACUGACUGACAGAUAAACCAAUAAACAAACAGGAAGAAGAAAACCAUCUGAUAUGGCACAGCUCUCCUUUUGAACUGACAGCUACAGCUCCUUUAGACCUUCACUACUCAACACUGAGUUUUCUCAUGCCCUACUUAGAUUAUCCUCACACAUCUAUUUGUCCUAAAUGUCCUAUUAGUUGAAAGAUUUCUAAAGCCUUUCACACCAGAAAUGUUCCUCUCCUUACAUAACAGUGCCGUACAAAAAGAUGCUGUGACUGUCUCUCAGACCUCAAGAGUUGUGUGCCAUUUAUUGCACUGUCCCACUUACCAAAAGCAAACCCUGAUAUUAAAUGAAUGCAAAAACAGAAAGUACAUUUUGAAACCAUGAAGACAAUAAGAAAAGCUUCUGUUUUUAAAGGACAAAGUCAGCACCUGUUGCUGUCAAAGAACUGCUCCAUCUGUUCAAACUGAUCACCAAAAGUAACAGCUGCUACUGUCAGAGAAGGUGUCAUAAAAACUUCAAACAAAAAUAAAACUAUUCAAAAGGGUAAGAUGAUAAAGUAGGUGAAAAUCAUUGACUUGCUUGCUGGGAGAGAAAAGCAAGCACAAUGCAUCUUGUUUAACUGACUUUACCGGUUUUUAAAGUAUGUUGGAAUCAGUUUGUGUGACUGUGGGUGGCCGGGCAGCAAUUAGGCAACAACACAAAGUUGUCCCUGAAGUAGGAUAUUUAUAUGUUUCGAAGAAAUAUGUAUGAAUUUACUUAUAAGCACCAUAGCACAGUUCUUGUCUUGACGGAAACAUCACUCGUUUGUCUAUUUAAAAAAAUCACAAACAGAUAGGUAGGGGAGAGUGGGGUAAAAUGAGCCAUUUUUCAUAUUUCGGAUCACUACAUCAAGGCGAUCAUAGUUUUGUCCCUAACUAGUGUAUCUGCUUAUAUUUCAAGGUUUUGUGCAUCCCUGCAAACAAACAGAAUGAGUGUAAACAUAACUGUCUUGAGAAUAAAGCAUGCCAAAAAAGUGGUCUCCUAUGGUCAACUUACCCCGUGUAUGGGUAAGUUGUUGUAUGUACUUCAUGUUGUAGCUCAUAGAUACCACAAUUGAUGUAUAAAACAAAUUUAAAAUGACUUUUUUUUUUAAUCUGAACACAAUUCUAAUAAAACUUAUGACAAAAUGAUUAAACUUUUUGUACAUAAAUGUCUAACCCCUUCACUCUUGUUCUUCUAACCUUCACAGACUCCUUGAAUUGAUGCCCAUCUCCUAAAUAUUUGGUCACAUGAUCAAUUUCUUUGACCAUUAUCAAGAAACAGGGGGUGGCUCAACUUACCCCACUCUCCCCUACUAGGAAACGGGUGCUUACUUGGACUUUUAAGGUUAAUUUCAAAUAGGCUUGAGAACAUUUAGGCUAUGACAAAAAAGGAACCAAACUUCUUUACAAAGUAAACAUAUUAACAGGUAAAGUAAGGAAGAGAGAGACAUCAAGAAUUACUCAUGUUGUACUUUAAAAUUCAAGCAAAAAGAAAACGACACCCAAUAUUAAUGUCUUCUGCUACCUAAGUGCUACAGUGCCAGCUUUAAUGCCAGUCAUACGCACCCCCCAUCCAGCCAGAGGCGCACGCUUCCCGCAUCGCCUCCUCGGCCUCGUGGACAGCUCCGCUUCGACCUCACGCGUCAUAUUUCCUUCCGCGAGGAGCCCAAAUAUAACACCAAAUCUUACGACAAAGGCAGCCCACAAGCUACUGAGUAACCGUCUGGUGAGGAGCGAGGAAACGCUUUCCAGAGGAAACUGGUUCGGGCAGGGGGAAAGUUGAGAGACAAGAAGAAGGAGGAGAAGGCGGGGGGUGUUAUCUCAGCGCAUGAGCCCCCGGAUAAAACUCCCUUUCUGUGUGUGUAUCCGCGGAUUAGAGAGUGCUGCAAACUCGGGGGGCAACUGUCCACCGUGAUUCACAAGCUGGAGUCACGUUGACAUCCACCUGUUCCUGCACCGAGCAGCUGCUACAUCCUGUUUAACCAAGUUUCCCAGCCCAGCAGAGAAUAAAUCUGACCCAAGCUCCUGUCUAUCACAAAGCACAUUCAUCUAUCAGACAAGUCAGUGUAUUGCAGGUUUAUAAUAUGCAAAAGUAGGCCAAAUUAGAGCACUUGGGGAGGUCUAGAAUAUCACGAGGUACACAAGACUCCCAUUACUUGCCUGAAUGGAUAACUACUCAUGUAUGCACACACACAAAAGCCCCCACAGUCAUGAAUAAGUCCAGUCUUGUGACAGGGAGGAGUGGGUGUGUUGUAUUAUUGCAUGAGACCUUAACUUCCUCAAAGACUACCCACCCUCUCUUACUGAAAUGAGGAAAUCCACCUAAAUAUUAUUCCAUUUGUGAGACAAAGCCACUUGACCACAAGCAUCAAGACAGAUAUCAUUUAAGAAAACAAAGUAGCACGUCCUUAGAAGAAGGAUUUGUAAAACCCAAGCCUUGUUUUGCUGUAGUGGCCUGUUGAGCCACCCACUCCACAGAGGGAGGAUGAGAAGUACAUUGUGUCUUUACAGCCAACAGUUGGCAAGCUAUCAUCUGGCUCAGGACAGUGAGUCCUCACUUGGCCCCCUCCAUGAGAGGGGGGGAGGAGGGGGCAUCUGGAGUUUCCUUUGGCACAUCUCAAACACAGAGAGAGAGAGCGAGAAAUAAAGGAAAGAAGGAGAGAGAGAGUGUGUGUUUGGAGAUUGUUUAUCAGAACACUGAGGUGAGAACAUUUUUUACAAUAGGUCGGCAUUGUCUCUUUCCAACAGACUUGAUUAGAUUAGGACUUCAAGUGUAUGAUGCAAUUUAACAUCGGACAAAGCAAGUGUAAUUCAAUAAUAAAGGUCAAUAUUCCAUUACGGGUAUAUCUCUUCAAUGUGUUUAGGCUGUGCUAAAUUAAGGUUGAAUGUUUUUGAUUAUGUUUAAGCCUAAACUAUAGACUGUAGACCAUCGACAUGAAAUCUGGGCCCAAACACCUGCAGGUUUUUUGGUUUUUAAAGUUCCUAUUUUGGCAUAUUUUUGUAAAAUAAAGUACCUCUUAUGUCCUUGCUUGUCCUGCACUGAUAUAAGUGAUGUUUUGAAAAAUCUCGUCCUGUUUGUAUCAUUUGUGGUUCAAGAUCAAGGCUGUUUCAGCACCAUGCUGUUUAUCACUUAAUUUAACUCCUAACUUGUCCUAGGAAAAAAAUAAAACUUUCUGGAAGUUUUUUUGAAAACUAAUAGUAUUGUAUCAAAGAAAAAAAGCAAAAGGGUUUGUUUCAGUCUUAUUCAUAAGCAUUUAAAAAUAAAACUUCACAUGGGGCCUUCAAACUAUUUUGGCAAGAAGGAAGCUGAGUACAAAUCAGCCAGUGGGAAGUUUUCGAAACACACCCUAACAAUGAAAUCUAGUUACAGUAUUAAAAUACAAGGUUUUGUAUGUAAUUUGGAGCCUAUCAUUCAACAUGCUAUUAGUUUGUUGAUUUUUCUUUACAUCUUUUUCAGCAUUACUGGUAUAUUUAACUGUGUGUGCCACUGUGCCAUGAUAUUUAACAGAAGACCUAACACACUCACUUGUCUCUACUUUACCCCUGAAAACAUCAGCUAAUCAUCUACUGUAUGUGUGAGGCUAAUUCAAAGCCAAAUGUCACUCCUUAUAUCUAGAAAAAGUUUAAUUCAAAGCCUUUAGGACAUGUCCCCUUAACUGACACCACAGAUUAUGUCUAAAAGCUGUAAAUUUGAGGCCUCUUCAUCACCAAGUGGUCCCAGGCAUACACCACAGGGGUGCUGGAGAGUGUUGCCUAUCUUGUCUUUCCCCCUCGCCAUGUUUUUUUAUCCAGUCAUGACUUUGAACUAGCAAACUAGAUCAGCAACAACCAUUAUCAGUAAAAAAGGGAAAUACUGUCACAGAGUAGUCAAGCAGGCCCUGAAACAUGUUAUGAGCAAAUGAUCAUCACGCUUUUAUCAACUUGAAACUACACUGCAGCAUUUAUAACUACAUGCAUGCACAAAGACAAUUCCAAUAAAGGCCUGGACUAUGAAAACAUACACACAAGUGUGCAUGCACACACACUUAAACAUCACCACGGAACAUGAGUUGAACCCGAAGCAGAGGAAUCUAAAGUAAUAUGAGGCCCCUGGACUCCUUCUCAGUGUCACCCCAAAAUUAGAACAUACCACACUGUGUGUGUGUGUGUGUGUGUGUGUGUGUGUGUGUGUGUACAAGCAUGCGAUAGAGCAAGUACAUGUGUUCAUGAUGUCACCAGAUUAGUAACUCAGGGUGGGUGUUCUUACUCAGGGGCAGCAGAGUUUAUCAAAUCACUAUAAUUUACAAAAUAAAGGCAAUUUGACUGACAGUCAGCCAGGAAGUACAUCAGCAAAGUAAAGAGAAAAUAUCAGUAAUUAUUUUCUCUUACAUUUAUGAUAGUUAGUGCUACUCAAGAAACAAAUGGGAUCUAGUUGUUUGAGCUCACACAGACUACUUUCAAGGAUUAAAUUAAGGCUCAGAAACAUGAAAAACAUUUUUUAAAGUCAUCUCCAAAAAUGACUAGAGUUUUCAUAUACACCUGACUGCAUGCUUGCAACAACAUAGUGGAAAAUGCACAAUGGGACUGAAAGAGCACCCUCCACAUUGUUGUUAAAAAGCAUCUUAAAGGUGUAGUGUUGUGUUUAACCACCUGAAUAUGACAAUGAUUUUGUUUUGGUUAGUCAGAAUGGGCCUAUCUGCAUAAGGAGUGGAUCCCUAUCCACAGAGGCUGCCAUCUUUCCAUCUACAGAUGCACCAGCACCACCAUGUUUCUACAGUAGCACAGAAAGCACAAACUCGCAACACAUUUUUUUUAAUUUAGUGUGUGGCUAUGUGAAAUGCAUUGGUUUGAAGAUGAAGCAGAGGAGAGUGGCUGUGUGCAAAAUAAAUUGUGCUGAAAUGGUUUUGAUAGGAAAAACUUGUCAUGCAUCACAGGAGUGUCUCUUCACUGACAGAAGGGGUGAGCAUGGGAGCUCUAAAACCUAGAUAUUACUAAAAUAUCCUUCCAAACCUCUGUACCUUUACACACUGCAUUUACAAGUAAGACAAAAAAACAGAAUAAGGGCAAAAACACUUCCUUUUUGUUAUUAAACUAAACUUCUCUAUUCAAAGAAAAGUGAAACAAACUCCAUCAGAUUGUGUUUAUGUGAACUGCAACUCUAAACUCUCUGUUUCGAUGAGCUGAAACCAGGGAGGGUUAAGUGACAACAAUUGUUGUAACCACAGUAGGACGGUAAAUCAUGAAGAGAAAGUUAAACUUUAACAUGGGUGAUGUUUGUGAGUCUUUUGAAACACUCAACCGGCACAGAAACUCCUCAUUCUUAACACUUACUCACUUCCAGGGUGAAAUUAACAAUCAAAUCUAAAGUAGCAUUACAGAGCAGAUCACUGAGAAUUUUGUUUCUGUAUGCAAACAUCAGACUAUCAUGGGGUUGGAGCAGUGAGUUUAGAGACUUAUUUGAAAACGUUUCACUUCAUAAUUGAUGCUGGGGUUACUACAGUUGUUCCACUAUGUCUUGCUCACUUGUUUUUGAGUGCACAGCGGGGGUAUGUGGGUCUGUUUGAUUAUUUAUUCAUUAAGCCUGUCAUCACAGUGUGUGGGGGUAUAUUCUGGAAGAGAGGCAGGACAAUCAUGCAGCCCACAAGCUGCUGUACACAUACAGAGAACAUCCUGUAUAUUGUAGGCCCACAUUAUUACCCCCAGUGAGGAGUCUCUGCAGAAAACAGGAGCAGGCAAGAGUUAUGCAAUCCUCGUAAGGCACCAGUUUGUUGCAGGAUUGGAUAAUAUUGUCUGAAUAUCAUGUUGCCUCAGCAGGUUAUAGAGUAACCUAUGACUUGACAAGCUGCUGCAUACCUAAACUUUAUGAUGAUGGUGUCAGGGGAUAAUGUGUGACAGCUGAACUUCGAGGUUGCUCUGAUGGGCUCUGGAGUCACUUCAAGUGCAGGAAUGAUGAAUCCAAUCAACAGCUUGGUAGAUAGUUUGGAGUGACCCAGAAUAUAUACAGUUUUGUAUUUAUUAAUAUCAUGCCACACUGCAAAAAGUCUAUCUAAAACAUACUUUGAACCCUGUAUUUGACAGUGAGCUCAUUGCCCCAUAGUUAUGUAGACACCCAGCUUUUUCUAAAAUGUUCCAUCAGCACCAGUUGCAGAUAAAUGAUGAUGAAUUUGCAGCCGGACAGUUCGAUAUUUUCCAGAAAUCUCCAGUUACAAUAGCGGACCCUAUGUCUAAGCAGAAACCUGAUCUGGACCCAUAAAUAUCAAAGGCUUUGCACAUGUCAAACAAAAUCGUCAGGAGAAAGUAGCGCAAACCUCUGGAUAAGUCACUUACCUCACGACAGCUCCACAAUAAUCAUAUUCAGCUACAGAAGACCAUCAGAGUAAAUAUCAAAAAUCGUCGUCAGAUGCAAAACAUCCGCAACAGCCAGCCCAGUGAGACAACUCUUGCACAGGGUGUACUCCGGCACUGCAUUUCAGAGCAUUGGAUACAGGUCCCUUGGUCCAGUUUUGAUCCUCUGCCCCCCUUUCCACGAGCAUAUGACGGGCACGUACACUCAGGUACAGUGAGCCACACACUCUCCGUUUGACAAACCAGCGCUGAGGGGAGAUGGUGGUAUCGCUCCGCCGAUGAUGGAGUUCGAGCUGCGCCUCAGCUUCACCGCCGGGCUGAGGCAGCAAGAGCGGAGAGCUCCAGCGCCGCUACACAUCCUCCAUACUCCCUCCCGAGACCAGCUUCAGCUACAACUGAUACUGUACGAGGAAAAAAUGCCCGCGCGUAGUAGAAAGACAGGGGGAUGAGGGGCACUAUUUGAUUGUUGUGAGCAAGGAUAAAAAGAUGUAAAGGGGCAAGCCGGAACAAGCCGCUUUUCGAGGCGUGGGCUGCCUGCUUUUAAAGGAACAGAUCGUAAAGGCUGAGCAGUGAGCAGCAGAGGAUGCGCUUCAGCAAGUGCGCCUGUCAGGAGGAAGUCCUCUCACAUGCAAACACACGCAGGAACCGUUGGCUUUAUUGCAGCUCUGGGUUAAGAGAAGUAGAGAACAGGAAGAAAAACACGCGCCAAGCCACAAAGUCCUCCUUAGUACUUUCUGUUCACGUUUUAAUAUCAGGCCUACCAUGAAUUUAAAGCUCACAAGAGACAUACUCUUCCUCUACUGGUAUUUUGACAUUGUACUUAGUGUUAUUGUAGGACUGGGCGAUUAUAUGAUCGGGAUUAAUGAUCGUGAUACAUUUCAGUCCGAUCACGGUGAUCAGCUGUGAGCUAAAAUGUGCAUCACAACAGCCAAUCAGAGUGGAGCUUUUCCUGCUUACUUCUGUAAGUUGCUGGACAAGUAAACAGAGUGACCAAACGUGGAGCUGAGGGCAGUAAAAUAGAUGUCAGCUAUGACUUUGAGUCAUCCUCCAAAUAUGUUAUUGUUGAGAAGAAAAGUUAUUUAAUGUCUUGUUUAGUAUUUAUCUAUUCAUUUUUUAGUUUUAAGUACAGAUGCUUUAAAACUGGCAGUUAAAAAAAAAAUCGUGAUAAUCGAGAUCGGACAAUAUGACAAAGUAUAUCGCCCAGUCCUAUGUUUUUGUUAUAGUACUCAAGUAACUUACAUCAGUGCCAAGAAUCAAUACUUACAAAAUUUUAAGUUAAACACUCUUCAAGGUCUUCCACUUUGACAGGGCUUAAUUUAUUAAACUACUCAACUAAAUGACCUGAUGGAGUCAUUUUUCUCCUUCAUCCCAAAUGAAAUGGACACCUAAAGUGGCUUACUUUUCUAGAUUUCAAGGACUACCAAAAUGACCCCCAAUUUCAACCGCAUCCAAAACGACUAUGAAAAUGCCGUAUCCGCUGAUCGUAACCAUUCAAGUAAAUGUGUCAAUUUCCACCGUCUUCUUUCCAUUCCACUGCGGAUCGCCGGACUCCGCAGCUGAUCGCAAAAGUUCUAUUUUUUUCGGACACCGUAGCAUGCCAGAUAACUACAGCACAGAUUAACCCGUGCUGGAGAGGAAGUCAGGCACAGACACAAGAUAAAACAUCCGUCUUCUUUUCAAAAUAAAACACUCCGUGUUCCAGGUGGAUCGUAUUUCAUACCAUGCAAACGGGCGGAGAUGAAAAAGUGAAAGGUUUAUAGACAGCAUUUCACCCCAAUAACACCAUGGAUGCGGAGAUGCUGAUUUUAGAAGUCUAGAGGUGGAUAUCCUCUUCUGGAAAGACACAAUCUACUGCGUUCUACACAAUCUAAGCGACAACUUGUUUUCGCGUGAUUGCACGUGAAUCUUCGGGUUCUUGUGAGUUCUUGCGAUUACUGCUGUCUAUAAUCUGCCACAAUAUUUGCUUCACAAACGGAACCGAUAGGAACUGGCGUAUGGCAAAAAUCGCCGCUGUUCCAGAUCAGCACUGUUCCGGAUGUGGUGGAAAUCAUGGGUUACAAUCAUUACAAUGAAAGCUAUAAGUAUGACUCCAUAUACUAGUAACCUUAUUACAAUGUUGUCACAAUAGUUAGUCUUAAUCCAAGUCUAACUUUUGAUGAGCAGAAUAGCCAACCAUGGUUUAGAAUAUUGGAGUGGCCAGGUUUCAAAGGAGGCUAAUGCCACCACUGACUACCCUUUCUGACACAUCCCUGCUCCUUUAAGUAAUGAACUAUUGAACUUACUCUUGUUAAGCGGAUGUCGUCAUCCAGUUUGCAACUUAUAUUGGACUUUAUCUGGCAUCUCAGUUGUGGUAAAAUGGGUUUAUUGGCUGUGGGCCUCCUCCUAUUGUUUUUUAUUGCACCAUACAGUAAUACUAAUUCAGAAUAACAUCUCAGAAUAUCCACCGUGGUGACAUAUGAUUUCAACUGAGGAAGAGGUAGGUUGGCAUGAUUCAAGGACAACAUCUGUUUGUUAUUCUCCAAAAUAUAAAUGUAAUGUAAUUUAAAAGCAUGCCAGUUUAAAGAUUUGGGGACGUUAGAUGCAACAACUCUUGCUUAUGUCAAAGCUUCUCUUUUGUACCUACAGCCAUCAGACUAUUUAAUUCUUCCGUGAAUAGUAGACAACAUGAGACAUGAUACUACAGACAAUUCUCUUCAGGGAUCAAUUAAGUUGUUAUCUUAUCUAUCCUUUAUGGUGUUGAGGGUUUUAAGAAGACUGGAGACAAUUUUAAUGAGUGUUCUUGUCAUAUUCCUGCAGCGAAUCUGAGAUAGGAUGUUCCUAGUCACCAACACCUUGGAUCCGUCUUUUUUUGGACACCCACUGUACAUAUCUGCAGUCUGUUGACUUGAAAAAGUUGCUUUACUGUGUGAAAAAUUUGGAUAUCCACCUGUCUCCUUGGAAACAAGUGGUGGAUUUAGAGCGGUAAAGGAACUGAAACGUAGUUACAUAACGGCUCUACAGAAAGUAGGUGGAAAAUGAAAGCUUCCUAGGUGAAUGUUUUUAUUUAGAUGCUUCACUUAAAUGAGACUCACUGUCUGAAGAGAGUUGUUUGCAUUGUCAGAGAUGAGUCCUCAACAUAAAGGCCGGUCAGUGAUAUAAAUAUGAGGAUGAGAGGUCAGCACGCUCGACUGUUAUUCUGCAGUAAAAGCACAAAUUUACAUGAUUUAAUUAGACAACUGCUAGUUGUUCUGCUAGUGGAUGUAGUGGCAGGUUGUGUAGCAUUGGACUGUUUGUUCAUUCAAAAUUAGUUGCGCUCUGAUAGAGUAGUAUAGUUUUUCUAAUACUGUUCUAUUUUAUUUAAUGGAGUGAUGCCUUCAAGUUUAUCUGAAAGCAAAGUCAGAUAGACAUUAGCAUAACAGUGUGAGUGCUUGCAGUCUCUAUGUACACUUAAUGUGUUCAACUGUAAAGACACUGUGAAAAGAAAUCCCCAGCUGUUGCACUUGAAUUGUUCAAAAUUCUAAAAACGAAUCGACGUGCUUUGCCAAAAAAGUGUUGUCCAAGUUCUGCCAUGAAGACCUAUAGUUAGAAAUUUCAAUGGGACAUGAAGAUUUGAGUCUGUGGCAGGAUAAGGGCUGGUCCAAGUCUGUGCUGACUCUAACCAUAAGCUUUAAAGGUAGAGGGUGUCUGCCUCCUUGACACUGACCGGUAUGGUACCAAAGGAUGGGGGGCCUGACAAUAGAAGGCUCUACCUCCCAUUUUGAGAGCCUUCAGGUACAAUGAGUAAGCUUUCACUCCGGGGGCAUAAUAUUAGAGGGUCGAUGGGCACUGGCUUUUCAAGAUAUGAUGGUGUCAGACUAUUUAGACCAUGAAAAGCUUUGUAGGUCAGAAAUUAAAUUUUUUAGGAUUUGUGGUCUUCCAGUGAAGAGGGGCUGAUACAGAAGACAUGUACACUUACAGAUAGAGGUCCUGCUACCUCUGCAGUGUUUUGUCCAGGUGAGGAUUCUUUAGUGAGUUGCUGUGCUGCAUGAUUCGCUGGGGACAAUUUUCAGUGAGAGCUUGUUAGCAUUGUUAGCACACAUAAGCAUUAAACCCAGAGGGACACUCGCUUUGUGCCACUGACAUGGCUUUAGAUUUGUUUGAGUCUUUAGUUGAGCUGAAUAAAAAAAUAAAAAGACAUAAAAAAUAUAUAUAUUUAAGUUGUUGGAGGAUAUAUAUAUAUAUAUUUUUUUUAAAUGAAACUAUCAAAAUGUAAAUUUUGCGACCACACACACAAAACUACAUUUUUUUAAACUUCUGCUUACCACCAAUUCAAAGCCGGCAAAAGACAUGGAGGAGAACACUUAAAAAUUCAGACCCUUUAAUGAUGCAAAUGUCCUUCCAAUAGCCUUGUUGAAGUCACUGUCUUAUGUCAUGUCCACAUAUGCCUCAUGUCCACCGAAAGAAGAAAAUAUAAAACAAAAAAGUUAUUCAGACUGAUCAUAAACUAAAGAUGUGGAAUAAAGUACAAUAAAAUGCAUUUUAUUUCCUUACUACUAUACCUGUGAUCCUGGCUGGCACCUCUGCUGUCCUUUACUGCUCCUUUCUUCAAUCUUUUAUCCUCAACCCUUUUUCAUCUGCUGUCUCUCCUCUUUGCUGUCUCUGAAAGUUUUUGUGUGAUUUCCAUUUCUGUUUAUUUUUUCCCCUCACUUUAUCUUCACUCCCUCCUCUCCUUUGUCUUCCUCACUCUUUUUUAAUACACUUCAGAGCUAUCCUCUUGUCUUGUCAUGCCUCCUUUUGAAUGUUAUAGGUCAUCUCCUGUCUUUUCCUCUUCAUUCACUCAUGAACUAAAAUUCAAAAAUAACUACUUACAAAUAAAACCUAUGAAACAUCCAAAUAUAUUGUGUUUGUAACAAAAAGCCAUUUGACUCCCUUUCUUCUUUUCACUCUCCUGUUUGUGUUUUAGUUAUUUUUUAUUGUGCAGCCUUCGCUGACAGUGUGUACAUCUCUGUGCUCACCCAAAGUCAUGCAACACUCACAGAAAUCACAGAGUUUCAGCCAAAGUGUUCAAUAUGAAGAGGUUGUUUACACUACUGGAUGUUUCUCCUCUGAAGCUGCUCUCUGCCUCUAACAUUGUUUACUUUACUCGCGAAGCACAUAGCAAGAUCCGAGUAUGAAUCCGGGCGCUUUGUUAAGCUUUAUUAGCCUAUCAGAGGUAGACAGGUACGAUGAUUUGAUUCACCACGACUCCAAAAAUUAUUGAAAACCUACAGAAAGAAUGUUACAAAAUGACAUUUCCGCGCUCCCUGCUUUAAGAAUAGACAUGCGCAGCAGCGCCGCCGGCUUGGAAGGCUGAUAUGCAUACACGCUUCUCCUUUAAGGGUUGAAGUAAAGCUUUUUCACAGUACGCGGAAGUGAGCAUUCUGCGGUGUUAGCGUGUGGUGGAGCCACUUAGCAUCGCCCAUAGACGGCCAUUCAUUUUUCUCGGUAUUAACAAGCUCACGGCUCGUUUUUUUGAAAGGUAAAAUAAAAUUUUAUGCUUUGUGCUGUUUUAAUAAAUUCUGUUGUGAUUUUGUACUUUACUUUUCGGGAAUUAUGUUUCAUUGGUCAUUACUGAAGAGCAAUUGUUACCAUCAUCGGAAAAUUUCCAGACGCUAACACCGGAAAUGAGCAUUCUGCUCAUUUCCGCGUACUGUGAAAAGAUCUAUACCUACAUGCACCCGGCUUUCCGAGUAGAAAUGCGCAGCGUCGCUCCCGGCUUGGAAGGUGCGUACAUGCUGUCCUGGUUUAAAUGUGUUAAAAUUUGCCGUGGAGGUGCUCGACUCGUCGUUAGAGGCUGGUAGCAGAGGAGUAGUAACAGCCACUAGAGGGAAACACUUCUUCAUCUGAACAGGAAGGCUACGUGCUGCUUUCCUGCACAUGCUGCCACUCUCUGGUGAACUGAAGUACUGCAUAUUAAACUCAGACCAGCUCAAAUCCGAGAUCCAGGGCUCUUGAGAAAACAUCCGGGGCUUGAGCCCUAGGGCCUACUCUACGAGGCAAGUUCGACCUAGCAAAGCUGGAUCCACUUAUGAGGUUAGGUACCUGAGAAGAAAAAAGGAGGAGGAAGAAUUAUUUCAGGGCCAAAAUUUGAAGAUUAGAGAUUUAAAGGCCUCGGGUGUUUAGCUCUGUAACAGAGAUUAUUGAUUGUCAUGCCAGGUUUGUGGUCUGUUGUAUUGAAUUUAGCUUACUUUUUGAAGCUCAUUACCAGGAGGAUUUGUGAAGGAUUAGAUUUUGCCCCCAUGUGCUUUAUUUGUAUACAGUUUUGUAAAGUAGUUUUUUUGCAAUGCACCCCUUCUUUUGGAUGAUAAGGCCAGUUUCAACAGGAUACCAACCAGGUUGUUGUUUUCACUUUCACCAGGGGCCUGUUCUACGAAGCAAGUUCGACCGAGCGAUGUUGCCUUGGAGCUACCUCGCUCAACUUAGCGCAGUAGCCAGUGGUCUCACUAAACUCCUUGCUAAAUUCCUUAGUUCCUACUCUUUAUCUCCUUCUUCUACUCCUCCAUACUCCCCAUAAUUCCAAUGAAAGUUUGAACAUUUAGUUACGCAGCGCAAACAUAGCUGCUCUUUAAGAAGUCAUUUCUGUACAGGAAGUAUACCCCAUUAUGUGAAUUUCAGUUCAAUGAUGCUCCAGAUGCCUGGAGGAGGUCAACACCACUAGUGUUUCAUUCACUGAGAUGAGUGAUGUUAGCAUAUCUGGGCCGAGAGGAUUGAAAAAAAAGAGAUGGGUGAAAGAAAAGAGUGAGAGAGCAUGGAAACCCUCUCAGCCCUGCAGGAGAACCCACUCAGUUAGAUCUUAAUGUUCAGUCAGCUGCAAAGAAUCACAGUCAGGUCAUGCAGUACAGCAAUGCUUGUCUGUGAAAUUUAGCCCUGAAUACAUGGACACACUGCUUUUAUUCAACUGAUCUAUAUCUGUGUACUAUUAGAUCUGUCUGUAUUAUUACAGAACAAGCCUCAAGCUCCCCUUUAAAAAGAAAUAAGGCGUUUUAAUCAUUUUAUCCGGGAGAUAUCUUCAUGAUAUGUUGCUGCACUUGCAACAACAUUGACAAGUUCAGUGUGUUUUAUAUUUUCAACAUAAAAAACUUUCACACUUAUGCACUGCUUUUUUUUUUUUACAGUAAAACUGAUCACCAGGCUGUGCUGAAAACUUAUUCUGAUUGGUUAAUCCUGUAAAAACAGUGAUUAAUUCUAAAAAGUAAAAGUGAUGCCAGAGAAACUCUAAUCACACACUUCAUAUCAUGUUGUGAGGAAGGAAACAAAGACAGUUAGUGCGCACAGAUGUUUGAGCAGCCCGAGGACCGACUGGGCCUGGACCAUGUCUGAAAGGGAAAAGUGGAGCAAGAUUGUCCUGCAAUCCAGGCACAGACAGCUGAACUCCUGAUUACCCCUCUAGUAGUAAAGUUGUGACAUUUACUACGACAAAUGUGGGUCAACUGCAAUGCACAAAGAUGAAGGAACAACAUAUAAGUUCCUACAGAAGUCCUGUAGGAUAAACUGACGAUAAAGCUGCAUAAUAACAUCAUUUUAAAUAACUGAAUCAAUAUUUUCUUCCAACUUGUCUGCAUCAUAUGAUAGGAUAAUGACCCCUCCAUUUGCAUUGAGGUUCUGCUGUCUCUGUCAGGAUACUAAUUUGCAUAACCAUACAUACUCCCGAAUGUAAUAUUUUUUAAUUGCAAUGAAAACAGAGUGUGCUAUAGUUAACUCCCAAACCCAACAAUUAAACUGCAUCGGCUAUUAUGCGCUGCAGAUGAAAAAACUUUUACACCGCAGCACUUAACUUUGUGAACAACAGAGAUAAAGAAAACAUUGCAGCAGGUACUAAGUGACCCUUGCUGCUAACCAGCAGGAGAUGUUUAUGUAAGAUGCAGAGUUGUAAGGUUAAUUUUUUUUAACCUACAUGUAAAGGCAGAUAUUGAGGAAAAAGGAAAGCAAACUGUACAUUUUUAAAAAUUUUAUCUUAAAGGCUUAUAAAAUACUUAAUGUCUAUAAUACAGGUCAGGGUGGUGUUUGUCAUGCCUCAAGUUUUUAGCAUUUGUCUGACAUAAAAUAUGCAAACAGCCAAAAACUGACUUAUCUUGAUUCUUCAUAUCUUGAUUGCGUUCACAGCCUGUCCAAGCACAUUUCUCAGCCUGCACUUACCUUAUAAGCCCUGAAGAUGGCCCCUAAGGCCUUGUUUGUGUGCAAAGUUCACAGCGCAGUAGUGACACCCAUGGGGCUUCUCCUCUGUGUGCAGGUUGCAUCUUUAAUUCUUAUCAGCCAUAAUUUAUCACAAGAUGCUUGUGACAAAAAUAGACUUUGAAUAAACUAUCUUGCUGAAUCAUUGAACACUUGUCUCUUUAGGCUGAUAAACAGAUCAACUAAACUCAAAACCAUCAUUUUUAAAAGAAGCAGCAGUGGUGUACCAAACACAGAUCGUUACAUUCUACAGCAAACCCCAUUUUAUUGUCUUCAAUCAAAUUUAAAAUAUACAUAGACCUGAAAUGUAUUAUUCUCCAAGUAACAGUAAUAUGUGUCAUAGUUUAAUUUCAGUAAAUUUUUUGGCAUGCACCUACAAAAAUUCAUAUAACCAUUAGUAUCAUCUUAACAUAUGCCAAAAAAAAACCUUAUCUUUAGUUGACAGUCUCCUCUGUUAUGUUCUGUAGGCUGCCCUUCCCAUGCAUGCCCUUAAGAUGGCGCCUUAGGCCCAGCUUGUGUGCAAAGUGCACAGCGCAGUAGUGGCACUUGUGGGGUUUAUCUCCUGUGUGCACGUUGAGGUGGUCUUGCAGCGUGGCCUUGUGAAAAAAUGUCUUGUGGCACAGCGGGCAUCGAAAAAGCUUCGCACCAGUGUGGACUUGUAUGUGGAGACUCAGGCUGCUCUUCUGGGAAAAACCCUCUCCACAGACCAAACACAGGUAUUGUCUGUGCUCCUUCAAGUGGCCGAGGUAGCUGCUCAGAUCCUGGAAAACUCGGUCACACCUCCUGCACAGAUAAGGCCUCUGGGUUAUUGUUUCUGCUUCAUCUCCUCUCCUAUCUCCUUCCUCAUUUUGCUUUGUAUAACUCUGUAACAGUUGCUCAUGAUUGGCAGAGCUUCCUCCUGUUUUGGGGGACAGACAAGCUUGGAUAGGAAAGUGCAGUCUACAUCUUGGACCAAGUGCAAUGCGAUCAGCUUGAUAUGAAGUCUUAAGUUUGUGAACAGGCUGGAUCUCUCCACCUUCCACUGAGUUCAGGACGUCCAAACAACAAGCUGAAACUUCACUUAAGUCUUUUGUUUCUAAAACUUCCCUCCUGUCAUCUCUGACCUCCCUCAUUCUUUGGAUAUCCGCAUUGUGGCCUUGACUAACCCCUGGCUUGGAUGUACAAUCCUCUAAAUCAACUUCCUGUUUGAUGAUGCCAGGUUGGGCUGCACCGCUUUCCUCCUCAUUUCUGUAAAUAAUCUCUUGCUGGCUGCUUUCUGGCUGCCGGGUUCCUUCCUCCCGUGAGGGCUGGUCCAUUGUCAGGAAGGCCAGAGUGGGACAGAGGUACUGGGAUACAGCCUCUGCACAUUUCUCCGCCACCUGGACCAUCUGGAGAGCGCUGGCUGCAGUGAGGUAGCUUACCAGCUCUGUCAGCGGGACCUGAAGUAACAAAUUAUUAAUGUUAGCCAAGCAAAUAAUAAAUUAAUGAUAAAAAGAAACAACAAAAAGCCUCAGCCCCACUUCAGCACGAAAACAAAAUCACAGCUACAACCUUCCUCUUACCUAACAGCCACUUUUUGUUUAAAUCUUUCUGUUGUAAUGUCACAUUUAAUAUUCAUCCUUAAACUCUCCUGGUGCAACAGGAACCAGCCCUGGAAUAUCUUUUAACUGCAGUAGAUUUGGGAAUCAGGCUGUUUCCUGGAUUUGACAUGAGUUUGGAAAACUUAAGAUGAUUUAGCACCUCUAGUAGUCCUGUGUAGCAGGACAGCAAAAGCCUCUUCCCGACCUCCGUGCUCGGAACUACACCCACGUUCAGCUCGGCAUGUCCUUCAUGGAGCAGGAACUGGUCCCGCAGGAAAUCUGAGGAUGCUGCAAACACCACCCUGUGGCCGUGGAAGCAGAGAGGCUGGGCUGUAGCCCCUGGUGGACCCCCAAUGAGGAGUGUGAUGUCACAGAAGCGGAGCUCCUCUCUCAUAGCGUUCAUCCUCAUGAGGAUGGAGUCAGUGUGGGCGGGGAAACGGAACAGCAGAGUGUCAGGGGAGUUUGACAUGGUGGCCUGUCUGGAAUGAAAAGAAUCUUCAGUGCAAACAAAUGCAGUUGUGGUGGCGAUGAAUAUUUAAAUACGCUGUGGCCUCAUAUGGCAUGCUCCCUCUAGAAAUUUGAUCAGAACUCUGGGUGCCACCAAAUAAUAUUGCACUAUGACUAAAUAUUUGCCUUGUCAGAAGCAGAUCCACAGUUCAAACUAAGCAGCAACAUUUGAAGCUUGAAAAUUAAGACCAAAAAAUAGAUAAAUAAAAAAUUAGAACAUGUUACAUAAAAAACUUUUGGUCUCAGUGGCCUUUAUAUUUAUUAUUUAUUCAUUUAUUUUUAUUGUGUUGGGGCUAAGAGUCUUACAUACGUAAAUAGGAAUAAUUCAGUAUCUAAGAAUCUCAAACAGCUAUUUCCACUGCAGAGGUGUACAAGGUUUGUGUUAAAUGAGAAAGCAUGCUGAAGGAACAGCUUAUUUACCAAAAAAAUCACAUAAAUUAUUCAUAAUAACAGAUAUGAUUGACUUUUAAAAGGAGACAGGGCGAGUUUUGUUAUCAUUAUUAUUAUUAUUAUUAUUAUUAUUAUUAUUUUAAAAACACACCGGCACCUCAUUAUUUUACAAUAUCUUACAACCCGACGAUAUCCAUUAAAGUUCAAAGUAGAUAUAAUGUGAGGGAAAAGGAAUAGAAAAAAUUUUUUUAGGAUGUUUAUGUGCGCAAAUGCCACCCCUGUAUUAUUUGCUGACCCAGACAGACCACCUAAGUCAGAACACAAAGACACGCCCCUGCAUAUAUGAGGCCCACUGAUCCACAGUCAACUCAUAGAUCCAACAUCAAUCAUUAUAUUUUCUUGAUUUGAUUACAAGUAUAUAUGCCAGAAAAAUACAAGCUAUGAAGACCCAGCCUCACCUUCAACUGCUGACUCAACCUGAGCUGUUGGAUCCAGGGUGCUUCUCUUGGUCCAGAACCACAUAAAAGCACUGGGUGAACAGGCGCUCUCUAUUCACUUGAAAGUUGGACCACAGGCAUUGAUGGAAAAAAUGUUAAUGUCUUCCACAUGCAGAGGAAUAAGAUAGAUCUUUUCAGUGGUGAAGCAGUGAUAUCCCUGCCUACUCCUGCUGUCUGCUGAGCCUCUUAGAUUUAAACAGCAGUGUGUAUACUGCGCAGGGCCACAUGAACUAGUUAACCCCUCACGUGCCUGUUAAAGAUAAAGAAGAUUGUUUAAGAUGGAAAAUGUAUUAUGAUGAUACAGUGAUCACAUGUAGUGAUUUAUCUAGAGUGUCUACAGCAGCUUAAAUUGUAGUUGUGUUGGCAAUGGAAUAUUUUUGAUAAAUCACUGAUUUUGGGGAGGACAUCAUAUAUAUUUUUAUCAUAAAAUAUUACAACAAUCAGUGAGUUUGGUGUCAAAUGAAAAUAUUGAUGAUUGCUUUUAGACACCAAGACAUGUAGCUAACAAUACUGGUUUAAAAAAAAUUGGUGCAGGAAGGUACCUGAGAAGAAAAAAGGAGGAGGACGAAUAAUUAUCUCAGGGCCAAAAUACAGCACAUUUGAAGAUUAGAGAUUUAAGGGCCUCGGGUGUUUAGCUCUGUAACAGAGAUUAUUGAUUAUCAUGCCAGGUUUGUGGUCUGUUGUAUUGAAUUUAGCUUACUUUUUGAAGCUCAUUACCAGGAGGAUUUGUGAAGGAUUAGAUUUUGCCCCCCAUGUGCUUUGUUUGUAUACCGUUUUGUAAAGUAGUUUUUUUGCAAUGCACCCCUUUUUUUGGAUGAUGAGGCCAGUUUCAACGUGAUACCAACCAAGUUGUUGUUUUCACUUUCACCAGGUCAAUGUCUUCACGUGUCAUUGUAAUGUUUUUGUUUGUGUUUGUUUGUUUUUUCCUCUCUUGUUGUCAUUUUGUGCAUAUAAGGCUGAAAUGUUAACUAAACCGAAGUUUCAAGGCCAGGAGAUCUGGAGCUCAGCCAUGUUCCUUUCCAUAUUCACAUGAACUCUGUGCCUUUCGUCUGCUUGGAUAAUAUGUUUUUUUUUUUUCUUCAUUUUGUUUAUCCUUCAUCCUAGCAAGGAGGACCCCAUCUACACCAAGGGUUCGUCUCUAGAGGUGCCCUACAGUAAAAUAAAACAAAGAUACACACAGUUACCAAAUAAUUUCCCUAAAUGCCGUCUUUCCCAAUUCAGUCCUAAAGCAGCUGCGGGCAUAUAGAGUACAUCUCAGUGAUCAGAAACUGGUAGUAUUGUACCUUGAGCAAUAUGUUUUCUACUUCUCUCUUUUUUGGCAUGACUAACUCUUGCACAGCUUUUCAAUUAAAUUUUAUAUGUGUGAUCUAAAAGACAGAUCCCGAUUUAGCCAGAUACUUAAACCAUUGAACACAUUUAAUGUUUAUAUCAUUGGGUGAAAUAUUUGGUCAUUAAUUUACUUUAGGGGGUCAGCAUUUGUGUGAGACGAAGCAGAGCAGAAACAAAAUAUCAUGGUAUCAUCAGCAUAAUGAUGAAUUUUUCUUUUUUUGUCAUUGAUACUUAAAGAAAACAAAAGUGGUUCAAAGGUAGAUCCCUUUCUGAACUCCAUAGAGAAUGACUGUACAGUACAUGUGGUGUUGCUUUAGUUCUGUUAGUAACAGCGUUGGAAAACCAGAUAUUUGAAAUCCAAUGGAAGAUGAUGCACAUGGUAAAAUGUAGUGGUCAACUGCAUCAAAGGUCAUAGAGGGGUAAAUUGGUCGGUUUAUUUUACUAUAUCAUUGAAGACAUUGUACCAUGACCUGGUCUAAAUCCUCAAUGAGCAAAGUAAUUAUAUUGGGAGAUAGAAGAUUACUUAGGUGCCUAUUUAUCAAUGAUUCGAGAACUUUUGUCAAAAAGUUUGGAGAUGAGUUGAGAGUUGAGGUCAAGCCUUUAAAUGACAGAAGGACAUGUGGCAUAUUCCACUUUGUACCUGGUGUGCUUUAAUGCUACACUGUGGCUGAGCAGGACAGAAUAUGGUUCAGAGGAUAAUUUUAUUAAUAUAACAAACACUCAUAUGUGACCUUUCUAGUGGCCUCGUUUCCUCUUUUUGCUGUACAUCUUAGGACAGUUUGAUAGGUUGGGGAACCCCUAUCGAGAGCACUUUUCAGUUAUGCAAAUUUGGUGUAUGUGUCAGGUUGAGGUUUGUGUGAAGGGUGGAAUUUGAUGAUAGCAUUGUGUUUGCUCUGCCCUACUUUAGGCCUACUGUUGUGACAUUUCUGAUUCGCUUUGCUCCUUUUUGAAAUCAAUACUCUGCUGUGCACUUAAGUCAGCAGUUGAUCCUUGUUUCCUGAAACCACACUCCUGUCUGCUACAGAUUCCUCGCUUUCAAAUCAAACCUGCCUGCUUGAGGACUUAUGUCUCUGUACAUGGGAUGCACAACCUAACCAAGAGGCCAAACUGCUUCAAGUGUGUUUUGUAGCUGGAUUAUUCACUGUGGAAGCAAAAAGGGGUAUGCCAAUUGGAGCCCUGCCAUAUCUUACUGAAAGCAUUUUGAUAAUCUCCCAAAUCGUAUCAACAAAGCAAAACCCCGUAGCAGAGAGGAUCUCUAUGAUAAUGCCAAACAGUACUUUUACUCUUCUAAGUAAGAGAAGUACAAAUAGGAGUUAUUGUCGAAGAAUUUAGGCUUCAUUUGGAUAACAACAAACACUUCGAUGGCAUGGGAUCUUUUCCAUAUAUCAAUCACACAUCAGGACAACUUUUAGAAAGCAUUCAUUUUAAAUUUGUUUUCCAAUAUUUAAGCCAUUUAGCUGAUCUUUGGCAGCCACCAUUCAAUAAAGAGCCCAGAAAAUAACACUCAAACAAAACCAUUCAGCCUCAUUUGAUUAAAUUAAACUCAAAACCAUGCAGACUUAAUUUUUGCUCCAUGUUGGUACUCAUGUGUUGGCUAAAGUUCAGGACAUGGUAAAACAUUCCAGUUUAAUGAAGUCUUUUGUUUAACUUGAAGAUGAACGGGAUGACUACACUUAACUCCUCAUGCACUGUGUUCUGCAGUGUGUGAUGCUUAGUUUUGUUUUUAAGCUAAUUUGUUGUCUUUGUAUGCUGUAGUUUAGAGGGUAAAACAGUGGAAACUGCUGUGGACUAAACCGGGCUUGAAGACAUUUUAAUGAUACGUGUAAUGCAUGUCUUGGGUAGCACUGCUAGUGUGAAAUCUGCCCCUCGAUAUCCAAUGGUUGGUGCCUGUGGAGUCAUUUUUUUGGCCAGAAAGUGUGGUGUUCCAGUAUAUUUGUUUGUGUCUCUGUAAGACUUGUACUGCUUCUUUUUUUGUUCACUUGUGGUCUGGUUUCCCGUAUGAGUUUGUUUAUCUUUCAGAGGCUAGGUGCGGCUUUCCUGGCGCUCCCGGCUUGGACACCUGCCUUUCAUAACACAAUCAACAGGCCCUGCUCGUCCAUUAUGCUGGAUGAAUGCUGCCCAUGUGGUGUGCCUCCCACAACUGGGCUCAAGCACCACUCCAACCGACCGCUCCACUCCUCUAACUUCUCUUCUCCUCCUCAAUAGCAUUAUUUCAGUCUCAAGCCAGCAGCAACUCAGCCAAUCCUCCCCAAAGCCCUCAAUUAUCAUAAAAUUCCCUGUCACUUAUCCCACUUCUAGGUCUUACAAAAUUCCAAAAUGAGCUAAAAUGCAGAGCUGCCAAGCAUCAUGCUUUGAGUGUCACGCAAUUUGACCCAUUCUCACACCACACGCCACACUUGACAUUUCUCUAGCUUAUGUUUCCCCAUUCAAUAUUCUGUAUUUAUUUUUUUCAUGAUCAUAAACUUGGCUUGCCGUAGUCUGAGUCACUCAGAUUGACUGACCGAGAAAACUAAUACCAGACCAAUCAAUCAGUCCUUUGUGCCUAAAUCUAACCAACCACGGAAGGCACCAUGCAAUAUAAACCAAUCAGAACCAAUCUCUCUCUUUCACACACAACAGCGCCGACAUUUAAAACCCACUCAACGUACACCUGCUCUCUUGAAAGCGGACGGUAGGUAACUAGGACAUCAGUCUUAAGGUAUAAAUCAACGUUAAAAAAGGCAAAAAAUGUUUCGCUGCGACACAUCAUAUCACUAAAGUCUCACUCUUGUCAUUUUCUAAAACUUGGCAGCCCUGAAAAUGUAAUGAUCAUUUCAUAUACUUAGUGGUUUUAACCAUAGGCUGUAUAUAGAAUGGACACCAUCUGCCUCAUCGCUGGGUGACGCCACUCAGAGAACAGCACCCUCUGGUGACGGGCUGCAGUACAGUUCAUAAAUCCCACCUUCACCAGCCAUCCUUAGGAGCUGUGGACAAACUUUGUAUUAUUGUAUGUAUUUUAUGUAUACGUUUUAUUUAAAAACAUAAAAUAAAGUAAAAACAUUUUAGUGCUGCUGCUGAUGUAGGCCCAUUAUUCCUACUCCCGAUACGUCAAAGCUCCGCUACCGUUAUGUGCCUCCUGCUGUGCAGUGUGCACUGAGCAUCCUGAAUGUGUUACAUUUUGAGAUUAAAAACCUCAUGUGGCACCCUGAACAUCAUCCAUUGGUACUAUUUGUAUGGUUGCAUUGGUAUUAUUUAUGUUCUUAUCUAGGCCACCCCCUUAAAUGUGUAAAGACAUGUCAGGCGCAUUAAAUUUAUACUGUAGUAGGUGUGUGAAUGACUAACAAUCAAUAUUAUUGGCAGAAAUAGAGGGCCCCAAAAUCAAAUGUUGCUUAGGGCCCUGUUGAGGCUUGGGUCGGCUCUGCCAACAUAUCAUAGAAAAGGUUAAAAUGAACUCAAUAAAAGAAGAGUAAAACAUUUUAACAAGCUUUUUGUCAACAUUUAAACAUCUCAAUUUCCUCAAAUGAAAUAACCUCUGAUUUGCCCUUGGCAGAUUGGAUCUGAGUUGGUCUCAAAGGACAGUCUGUCAUCCAGGAUGGUGCCUUGGUAUUUACCCAGGUAUAAUGACACAGUAAAUAACAAUUAAAGCAGGUUCUGAUUUCUCUGUGAUUGAACUUAGUCAGAUAUUAUGUUGUCUUUCACUGCACAGAUUGAGUUUUAUAGGUUAUGGCUUUAAUAAACCGUGAGAGGGAAUCCUGUAGUGGUUAUUAAAAGCUUCCGUGUCAAACGCGGAAGAAGCAAACCCAGGUCAGAGAGAACAUCUAUGAGAGAGAAAGCCUGAGCUGAUCUUCUGCUCCGCCCUCCUCCUCACCACCACCACCAUCAUCAUCAUCAUCAGACAGAGUAAACUCAUCGGCUUACACAGUCAGACCAUAGACUGUGUGCGCAGGACCAAUAAGUUAGAAAGACGUAAACAGAAGGAGAAGUAGGGCAGUAGUUGCCUGAGUUUCGUUUCCUAACCUGGUCAAACCGUCGAGUUGGGCAUAAAAUAACGGAGUUUGCCGAGUGUGUGCAAGAUGUCAGAGGAAGAUAUUUUAGGGGAUAUGGUCUCUGACAGGGAAAGUAUUGGGGCACCAUCGGACGGCUAACGUCUCUGGUUUAGCCAAAACGACGCGAGCUCGUCCACUACGACCAACCGAGCAGGACGUUCAACCGACCGAGCUGUGCUGAUUUGGGGGGAAGUUAAGCAGCCAAAAGACCCUAAAAGACGACGGCCACGGUGAGUUGUGUGAGUGUUUCUGUAGCCGUUGUUAUGCCACCUGUUGUAGUUAGCUUAGCAAGUACAAUUAAAGGCGAUAAAACAGCUGAUUCAUGAUGUUUUACAGAUGUGCUGAGCUCUGCAUUUUUAAACAAACCCCAUGAAGUGAUAAGGAGGGCACUGUUGCUUCAAAGUGCAAUGUUUUUGUGUGGAGACAAAUGGGAACAAAGUCACAAGUUGCCCCAUGGAUAAAAAGCUUACCAAUAUUGUACCAUUUAGACAGAUGUGAAUACCACCAGUUUACAUCAUAGUCUAUGCACACUCUACCCUAUUAUGGUCCUAAUGCAACAGUCGUGUUGUAGGUUUCAUGAAACUCAUUGAACAGACCAUAAUAGGGCUAUAUGAACUUGACUUUUAAGGACUUUUUAAGCUCAAAUUAAUGAACUCACUAAGAAAGUACUCUGUUAUUGUUUCAACAUUAAUUAUAGGGAAGAGUGGGGUAAAGUUGAGCCACCCCCUGUUGCUUGGAAAUGGUAAAAGAAAUUGAUCAUGUGACCAAAUAUUUAGGAGAUGGGCAUCAAUUCAUGGAGUCUGUGGAGGUUCGAAGCGCAUAGGUGAAGGGGUUAGACCAGGGGUUCCCAACCUAUUGUGAGCCGUGACCCCAUUUUGACAUCACAAAUUGCUGGGGACCCCCGAGACACUUUUUUUUCUAGAAUUAGACCACACAGCAGACAUUUUGGCUUCUCUUCAUUGCGCUCAAUGACACUCGUAAAUCCAUACUGAAGGAAACUUUUGUCGUAUUUCUCUGUCUUUUUGGUGUCAGUGUCUCCGUUCCUCUCGGAGCUGUCUUUACAGGGCCAGGCGUGCGAAGAAAUCUCUCAUUUUAAAUUUGUUUUAUAUUUGUUGAGGGAGGACUGGGGUUGAGAGUGGGGGGUAGUAGGGAUUUGGCUCAACUUACCCCGCUUCUAUGGUCAACUUACCCCAUACACGGAGUAAGUUGACCAUUAGAGACCACUUUUCUGGAAUGCUAUAUUAUCAAGACAGAUAUGUUUACGCUCCUUCUGUUGGUUUCCAGGGAUGCACUAUGUCUUGAAAUAUAUGCAGAUACACUCAUUAGAGACAAAACUAUAAUUGCUUUAAAGUAGUGAUCCGAAAUAUGAAAAAUGGCCCAUCUUACCCCACUCUCCCCUACUCGUUUAUUGUUUCAACAUUAAUUAUACGUCUCUUAUAGAGCAGAUCUUCACUGACACUUUUUGUGAUAAUAACCUAUUUACAGAUAUACAGCUUCAUCCACCAACAAUGGGCAAGCAUUAAGCAACAGCGGCAAGAUAAAACGUUGUCUUUAACAGACAGAAAGCUCAAGCAGAACCAGACUGAUUGAUGAACACUCAUCUACCAGUGGAGUCCAGACAAAACAUGAGAGAGAAAAAUAACCCUGUAGGACAUUGUUCAACUCUUUUAAGUCUAUUUGGAGUCUUAUGAAACAUACUGAAAAUAACAUUGAUGUGUGUCAUUGAUGUUCUGUGAAUAAUAGAAAUUAUUGGCGCCUACCCUGCAGCAGGGUAAGAUCAAAAGAAGUGAUUACGGCACAGAUUCGUGAUCAGUGCUACAUUUGAGUGUUCAAAGAAAGCAGAAGGAAAUGUCUGAUUAAAAAAACAUGCUCAGAACAAAACCAGCUGCAGAAAAUGGUAUUAAUUUAAAAAGAGACUGUUUUGCAGGUUCAGCUAAUUGCAGGACUGCUCCGUUAAAUUGUGCUGUAUUAGAUUAAAUGAUAAGGAAGAGGAUGUCAAGUUACUUUUAGGUUGAUAUAGUUGGACUGAAAAUGAAUUCCACAAGCCAGGUAAGUUAAUUCUCUUCAGAGCUGCCUAGUCAUUUUCCAGUCAAAGUAACCGGGGGGGAGGGGAGGGGAGGGUUCUGGUUGAGAGCUUGGAUGAGGUGUUGUCUUCAUUGUUCAUGUCAUCCUGAAACCAACAAUAUACUAAUAUGAACUCUGAAACUGACUGUGAAUCAUGUAACCUGAGACUUUGAGGAAGCAGUUACAUUAUUGAAUCAACUUCUUUCAUUUAGACACACCUUAAUAAAGUGUGAUGAAAUGUCAGACAUGCUUUAAAUGGUGGUAUUAAGUGCUUGUAAAACAUAACUCAAUUUGCUUCUGAUUGGGUCACACUUUGUUUGAUUCAGUAGUUACUUUUAAAACAUGUACAGAAAGUGGAGAAAAUUUGGUGGAGGUAUUUCUUGGAAGAGCAUAACCACUGACAGAUAUACGGUAUAGGGAAAGUACAUUAUUCUCAGUUCAGGGGUUAUGCAUUUUGUACUCUGCAAGAUCUAUUCAGGUCACAGACAGGGGAGAACACAGUCAGCAGAUGUUAUGGAGAAAAUGGUUUGGCUUGUGCAAAAUAGAUCAAAAAGCUACUGCAAGGCUAAAGCUUUUUGUGUUACUGUGACAUAUUGUUGCCAUAGUAAUGAUCAGCGUAAUCUAAGGAGGAGAUAACAAAAGCAGUUUUUCUGUUAUUUAAGCCCCAUAGCCUGUCAUGUGUCAAAACAGCAAAUACUUUAAAACAGCACUCAGAAUGCUGCAAGAAGAAACAUGUGCUCCUAAUCUUACUUCUAUUGCAUUAAUCUGUGGUCUGUGUCGCAGUUUUUAUGUUGAUGGAGCGAUGUAAAAUUGCAUUGGAAUACUUCAAAGGACGACUGAAUGGUGUGAUAAGGGCUGGGACAAUACCACACAGUGGUCUCACAGCAUGUGUGGCUUAUUUUUUUACCAGAGGGAACAUAACUUUGAGCUCAAAAUGUGUUUGCCAUUAAAGGGAGAUACCAUGAGAAAAAAGUGGGUAAAAGUGUGUUGUUGUUGCUACAAAAAGAGUUAGUGCCAAAGUUGGUUGGAAAGGCUUUUUGCAUCUAACCCAACAGAAAGAGGAAGUAACACGAACGAUAAAGUGUAAUUUUCUACGAUUUAUAGUCGUAUUUAACAAAGUAUGUCGCAUAGUUAUGUUUUUAGACGUUUUUUUGGGGGAAGUUAAAAAGCGCUGAAACAUUAACAGCGUCUCCGUUAUUGGAAGGGGGUGAUUAAAAAGCUCAUGACUACUGCUGAGAAGACCAAAAAGCCUGACCAGCUAAAACGGCACUGGUCAGAAGUUUAAAGCUGAGAGGCAGCUGGCUGAAUCCAUGCUCACUCUGACAAGGUGAUGUGAUGACCCCAGACAUAACGUCAUUUGGUUUACUGGCAUACCCAAAAGGGCAGAUCCAUGUAGGUGGUUUGUUUAACCUAGAUAAAUAAACACAAAUCAGGUGAGCAAUGGGUAACUGCACCGUUUUAGUCUUUUAUUUGAGCCUGCAAUAUAACAUUUACAACGGUUUCAUUUUGACAAAAUGUGACUAAGUAUGACACACACUCUAAUUACUGUCAUGAAAAACUCUCCAGUAACUAAAUGGGAAUGUUACUCAUUGCAAGGAACACCACAGGAUGUGUGUAGUCUUCAGUUCAUUUAUCAUAAAUGACUCAGGUAGAGGUCAGUGUAUUGUUAUGCGUUAGGUGCCAUAAACAUUGCACAUACCCAGCAUUCUUUUAGACGAACUAUUCACCGCUACGCUUAACUAGAUCAUCUGUACUUGUCUGAAUCAGAGUAAUAUGUGUCUGUUUAACCAGGCUCAGCCUAGAUCCAAUCUAUUGAUCAGUUUCGCUCAGGCAGUUUCCUGUAUCUGUCAGUGUUGUCACUGAAGAUACUGCACUUGUUUGCAAGCAAGGUGGGUGUGACAUUGAGGGAUGUGGUCGUGUUGAAUUUAGCAGGAGUCAUGGAUUUUCUGGCAUGAGUAUGAGAGUUGAAAUAGAGCGAUGAUUUUUAUAGUUCUCUGGAAAUCACUGAAGGAAGGUUUCCUGGCAGGUCAAAACAAGUUUGAAUAUCCUAGAAUCGGAUGGUUUUGCACAUCUGGACCCUGGAAUUUCACUCAUUUUCUCUUUGCAAAACUGCACAAGUUCAGUCAAGAGUAAGAUGUGUUUAGACUUUCUCCCACAGCAAGAGGCUGCAGUGCUGCGUUUCAUUUGGGAUGUUAUGUUUCCUCCGGUAUGUUGACUCUGGCUUGGUUUUAGAGGUAGUCUAUCAGAUUGAGCCUCUUUUAGUCUUAAAGCAGUGACAGUUAAAGCCCUUGAAGACACAGCUCUGUUGUAUCUCUUAUCUGAGCUUUGGAAAACGUGUGGCUCUUUCAUAGCUAUCUUUGGUCCUUCUGUAACCUUCUGUAUUUAAAAACCUUCUUCAAAUGACAGUAUAAUGUCAGAAAGCACAGGAAAAGACCAUCACAUUUUCUUGAAUCCUAACUUUUUGCCUAAAAACAGUCGUCAAACUAAAAGUUGGUGUCAGUUAACCUUUAAAUGGCAAGUACAAUCAGCCGUAUUAGAAAAUCAUGGGAUAUGGAUUGGCUAAAUGAAGCUUUUAAUAAUACAACUACAAACUGUAAGACUGAAACCCAUGCCUGUGUGUGAGGCAAAGCCUGUCCAUGAGUUUUAUUUUACUUGGAAGCUGUGGCCUUGGCUUUAACCAGCCAAACUCAACGCCACAGCCACAUACAAAUCCAGUUUUUAAAAGGAUUCCUGGACUACUGUCAGGGACUGUUCCCUCAGCAUGGAUCUUGAUCCAAACUUUAAAUAAGGCCAAGCAGUUAAAUAGUUGGUGCAACAUGUGCAGAGGCUGAUUAAAAAAGGUUGUUGUAGUGGCCAGCGUUGGAGCCCAAAAAAAAAGUGAGAGGCAAAAUGUGUCCGUGCUGAUAGCUCUGACCUCAAUUAGCAACGAGUUCCAGAUAAGACAUCCCCCCCAAGGGACUGGUCUAACUCUCUGUCUGUCUGCUGCAUGAUAAACAUUUGGGGUGUGUAAACAUACUGAUGGAAAGUCAGAGUUUUUCUGUCCCUUAAUACACAGGCUGCCGUCACCCUCUUUUAUAUCACUGAUGUACUGCAUCAGUACCUGUCGUCUUCAGCUGCUGAGGCCUCUCAAAGCAGUUCCUGCUUGCACCAGUUUGUGCUUGUUGUUGUUUGCUUCUAGGUUGUUCCAGUUUUUGUGCAGUUUUUUUUUACAAAGAAUGAAUUACAUCAUCAUGCAUGAAACUAAAGCUGCAGUUUAAAUUUGCAUAUAUUUUGCUUGCUAUCACGGGUAAUUUGCGUCAUUAUCAAGCUUUUUUAAACCGAGCAUGAAAAUGAUUAUGGCGUCCUUCAGGGAUCAACAUACGGACCACUGCUAGAUUAUUGACUGCUUUUGAUGACCAGCAGAUGUUUUGUCCCUUCUGAUGUCCUGUGUGCUCAAACUGCUUAGAGGAUACAACUGUAACUUGUAUACAAUAAAGUCAGUAUAUGACCAUAAAUGUGACCCUAUGCCAGCUAAUCUUUCUAAACUUUAACCUUAUUAUCUUUUAAUUCAUUGUCUGUGUUAACAUUACACCACUUUACCAUAUUUCCAUAAUUUUCUGUAAUUCAAAUUAUAGCUGGGUGAUAUGGGAAAAAGUUUAUCACAAUAUAUUUUUUUCAUAUCAGCCGAUAACGAUAUAUAUCAUGAUAUACAACAAUGAAAUUUAACAAAGAUUAUUGGUAGCAUGUCUUUUGCAAUAAGCUAAUGCAUCUGUGAGGUCUUUGAGUCUCUUCGACAUUUUGUCGUAAGGCGUUGUAAUAGAGAAAGCAGACUGAAUGGUCGGCUGUUUCGGCUGCACAGGCGCCAUUGGCUCCUUGCUCCGCUUGGGGUUUGUAACAUUUUGCAUUGCGCGUGCUCUGCUGUGCGGCACUGCUUCAGGUGGUGUAAAAGAUUUUAAGUAUUCCCCGACUUUGUGAGAACAUGUACCCGACAUCAUUUGCAGUGCACAUUACUCUGCUUCAAAAAAACAAAAUGCCUCCACACCACCGACGUUUUUGUGCCAGUGUUGUCGACGAUGUCAUCAUCUGUUGAGCCUUCAUCUGCAUUUCUUAGUUUACUUGGAAACUGAACUCUGGUCUCUAGCCAUUGUGAUUUGGAAACAUUUAGAAAAAAAUUAAACCAUCUGCAUCUUGAAUGUGCUGUGGGUCAAUUUCAAAGGAAAAACCACAGUCACUGGUUAUUGCAUAAACAGCACAAUCCAUGUCUACUCUAGCAUGAUAUCCUACUCUGUCUUCAACUGUUCAUGGUUCAGUUGAAGAAAUCCUCAAACCUGGUUGCAUUCCCGGCAUAUUCCAUGAACCACAUAGAUGUAAAAUCAUGUCAACAGGUGCAUACGUUUGAUGUGACAGUAGGAAGUUUUUUGAUUGUUGUUUCAAAAGAGCAUGUAUUUGUUUUAGAUUGUGGUUGUUUUUGUCAUUUGACUUCCAGUCUAUGUAUUUGUACCAAUACUGCCUCACUUCCUUUUUACGGCUUCAUGCUCAACAGCUGGUAACACCGCUCAUGUUGGGCUGUGCAAAUGCAGGAUAAUGUAAGCCCCUCACUCUUAAGUUCUAUAACUGUUGCUCAUCAAUGUAGCUGUACAUCAUAUCUGUAUUAUUCUGAAUGGAAAAAGUCUGACCAUGUUGUGGAUGAAUUUAUUGGGUACUCCUGCAUCCAAACUGUUUCUGCAUGUAAGAGGAAAAAACUGUCAUUGAAAAGCUGAAAUGAAAUAAUGUGAUGUGAAGAAGAGUCUUGUAGAGGGAUAUGGACAUGAACUGAUUCAAAUUAAUUUGCAUUUUAAUGAUUUUUCUGACAAAAAGCACAAAAAUUGAGACGUUGAAAUAAGAGGGGAGCUGCUCUAAAACAUGAUGGUGCUGCAGUUGGCGGUGUCACUGAAAUGUACAACUUGACGUAGAGGAAGCGCCAAAUUUGAUUCCAUGUGGUGUAUUAUGAGGCUUUUCUCUACAUACCAACCAAGUGAGUCUGUGCAGCCGCUCUGUGGUCUUUGGAUAAAUGAUGUGCUGUGUUAGACCACAAAUACUUCAUGAUAAGUGAUCCUUAUCUUGUGUUAGAUAGCAAUUUUGGUCGCAGAUGAGGGAUUAUAGCAUCUCAGGCAUCUGACAGAGACUCUGCUCAGGAUGUCUGUGGUCACCCUAAACCUACUGGUGCCACGUGAGUGUCAAACUUUACUGCCGCUCGAUAGUAGAAGUAUUUUAGCAUGAAGGAGAAGAUUAUAGUGAACAGAUGAAGGAUGAAUGCUCUGUUCUCAGCUGGAUUUACUCUUGGUCUGUAGUGUAUUUAAAUAUUAGGCCACAUUACGAAAGUAUACACCGCUGUGCUGACUUAAAAGAGUAAUGUUGAAAUCUUCUUUAUCUGCCAAAUCAAACACUGUUUGCUGGGAAAGUAGAUGUUUAAUGAGUAACCCUAACUCAGUUCUCUCUAGUGUUGUUUAGAUUAUGGCUUGUUGUUUUUCACGUCAGCCUUUAGGGUUCAUUUGAGGACUUUCCUUUUGAUCAUAUUAAACACUUCAAUAACCUUUUCCAGGGACUUCUGCCAAAGUUGAAGGUUUACAUGAAAAAAAGAUGACUCCAUGAAUGUUAAAGGAUUUUAUAAAACAACAAAAUUUAACUCUUGAUCAGGACAGUUUUUACCCGACCCUUUUUGAAGAACCAAAACCCCAUAAAGAGGGACAUUUCUGAUAAGUGGAAGGGUAAGAUUUUAUGUGAUUCUGUGUUCAGAUUUCCUCACCAUAUUUUCUUCAUUAAAAACAACAUAAAAGUCCCAAGAGAAAAUAUAUAAAAUGUUGAGUUAUUUCAGCGUAGUGAGCGUGUUUAGCAAAGCAGAAACAGUCUGAAAUGGACAGAAGUGAGCAAAAAUCUAAAAUUGAACUCUGUUUACUCUUGAUCUGUCCCUGAACAAAGACCUCAAUCUAUUAAUUCUGCUCAAAAUCAACAAAAGUUUACUUCAGUCAGGACAACUUUAGUCAAAAUUAAUUAUUUAUUACAAGCAAACACUUCUACAUUGUUCCCUGCCCUUCCAUGCACUCGCAUGGAAUGCCAUGGCUAUAAGAGAGGAGAGGUCCUCCCCUCCUUUUCAUGUGCAGACAUGAAAAGCCAAGGCAGAGAAAGCAGCAGCAAAUAAAUAUGAUUAAGAUAAAUAAAUUAAAGUCCCCCACAGAACAGAGCAAGCAUCAGUGACAAUACAUAUGACGCUGGUAAGAUCAGACACAACACAAACAGGAGGAGCUGGGGUGGAGGUGGGUUGCAGAGUGGUUGCAGCAGUCAAAGUAGGCAGGAGAAGCAGUUUGAAAUUAGCCAAUAGGAUGUGUAGAGGGCGAUCAUCUGAGCUGUCAGCUGACUGAGGGUUGGCUUAAGAUCAGCUGACUGUAGCCUUUAGCUUGACUCCGUGUCCUGCCUGAACUACUGCUGUGCGUCAUAUUAACAUUAACGCUAAAACCUGCUGAUAGUCCAACAGUAACUUUUUUUAAAUUAACAUCUUCAUUAAGAGUCAAUGGAAAUGAUAAUGCCAACAGUUUAUGGUAAUAAAGGAACAUUUUGUCUAAAGCUUCAUGACGACCUCUUAGUUUGAGUCCAUAUCGGCACCCCCUAGGACAUAACAGUACCUCUUAUUUGUUUGUCGAUGUUUUUCUAUUUAAGUAGCAUUUUUUAGAGCUAUCUUUUAGUAGUUUGAACAUUGUUUGUUUCCAUUUCAGUCUGAUGUUUGAACAAAACAUCCCAUGGCCUGUAUUGUGCUGACAAACAUGGACCAACCCACCUCCAGUCCAACAGCAACUCACAAUGGCCACCUGGACCCAGCAGCCACUCUCCAGCCCAAGCAGGAAAAGGACGUCAUCUGCCUCACAGUUCACCUUUACUGUCAGGGGAGUGAAGGAAGGGGCGGGGCCAGUGAUUCAGAAAGUGCACUCACGUUCCCGGCCGGGGAGUACAUAGCAGAGGAACUGUGCAUCAGUGCAGCGAAAGCAUGUGGUGAGUCACAAGUGGAUUUCAGUUCUGAUCUCAUCCCACGCAAACACACAUAAGGUGUAUUUUAUUUGUCUUAGAUUCACACUUGAGCAGUUUAAAUGGGGCUUUGUAUGGAGCUAAGAAUAGACGCAUGCACAAGAUGAUGAGAAGGGGAGGGGGGAACCCCUCUAAAGUAAGCUUCUGAAUGAAAAUAGGUUCAAGAGAAAGGCUCAAAUAUAACACUUCCUGGUGGCAAUUUCUUUACAUACCUGAAGUAAACAGCAGAUUUCUCGACACUGUGACAUUAUCACUGAUCGGACCAUGCUGAUACACUCUUAAGUCCAAUAGUAGUAGCUCACAGAGCAGUAGUGCAGGGUGAGUCAGAUUAGUUGAGGCCAAAGCCAACUUUCAAUGUCACAAGGCUGUCACCAUGGUAAUGUAUUGUUUGUACUUCCUCUGAGCUGUGGAAAACCUUUCCCCGCUUCUUUUCCUGGUAACUUUCCCCCUAUGACUGACAAAGUCAUAAGAAUUGUGGGAAGGUUAUAGUUAGAAGAAUAGAGGUGAUAAAGACUGUUGUUUACAUUCUUCUCUAUGGUUCCUUGUAUCUAUGACAGUACACUACAGUGUGACACCUUAAUGCUAUAUUUACUAUUCUUUUGAACAGGGAUGGGAAUCCCAGGGUAGCCCAUGAUAGAGAAGGAUUCAAAAGGAUGUAAUUUAAAGCUAUACAUAACAAAAUGAUGCAAUAUGAGACAAGUCUUUUAGAUAAGAUAAGAAUUUAUAAUAUAAUAUAAUAUAAUAUAAUAUGUAACAUGAUAUAAUAUAAUAUGAUAUAAUAUAUAACAUGAUAUAAUAUAAUAUAUCAUCUCUUAUGAUGUAAUAUCAUACAUCAUAUAAAAUUAUAUAAUACAUACAAUACCAUACCAUACCAUACCAUUCCAUACUAUAUCAUAUCAUAUCAUGUAAUAAAAUAUAAUAUGAAAUGAUAUAAAAUGAUAUGAUAUAUGAUAUAAUAUCAUAUCGUCAUGGCUUGUGCAGCUAGAAAAAAAAUAUUCUGGUAUCCCUACAUUUGUCUUUGACUGGACCAUAAAUGGAAAUUAGAUUGACUCUAAAGCUCUUUUUUGUGUUGAAUUCAUUUUCCCAUCUUUGGUUAAGAAUUGAAAAGUGUAGAGAGGACUUUCUCAUGUCAAUCAAAUCGUCCAGCAGACAGGAGAAAAAAAAAGAGUGAGAUGCUUUUGGAUGUUGGAAAAAUCUGUAAAAUAAAUACACAGACCUAAAGAAUGUGUCUUCUCCCCACAAAACACGAGAAUGUUUGUUUUUAUAAAGUGACAUUUGGCUUUCUUACGAUCUAAUUCAAUAACAAUUUAAAAUAUCCUUACCUAAUCAGGGAACAGUUUUUUGGAUUAUCACCAGUGUGCGGGGGUUGGGUUUGUGGUGGUGGUUGGAGAUUUUCCAAUUUAUUUAUUUAAACAGUUUAAAAAUGGGAAACUUUGAUGUCCUAUAUCACUGUUUUAAUUCAAAGCUUAUUUUAUUGUCUACUUAAAACAAUUUUCUUUACAUAGAACAGUAAAGAGUCCAUUAGAUCAUGGAGAGUGGGUGAUUAUCUUGAAGUGACAAAAACUGAAGCAUUCUUUAAAUGGAUAAAUGCCAAUGACCUGUUGGAGUUUAAUCUAGAAAUUGCAAAGAGUCAGUGACAUAGAACCAAACAAGGCUAUUUCUGCCAGCAUGCUUCAUUAAUUUGUCCCUUAUCUGUGUUUUUAUAAAAAGUAAGUAUCUGUGUUUGGUUAUUUACACUGAAAAGAUCUUCAAAGCUAACAUGCUGUUGACAUCGAGUAGGAGUGAAAAUCUAAAUUUGGAUUUGUGUGCUGCUUGGUUUGUAUUUAUCUCUGUUUUCUCGGUAAUAAGCAAUCUAAAAAUCAAAUAGGCAGGGACAUAAACUUUUCUGAUGAACCAUGGUGAUUGUUUGUGUGUUUUUACUUGUUUCAACGAAAGGUCAAGACAGCGUUCUUUUUGUUCCUGUUUUUACAAGACGUAAACAUGAGAGAAACUGGGUCAAAUUUUCUGUUACGAGAGCUGUUCUUCAUUUCUCUCUUUAAAAGUGAGCAGUCCAACUUUGUGCCUUCUUUUUCCACCAAACUCACAUCAGGAAAUUGCCAACUGUUGGAUCAGUUUCUCUGUGGGCCUCAGCUCUAUCUCUCCGCACCACACUCUCUUACUUCAUUCCCUCUUGUGCUGAUAAAACGAGACCCCCUCUCUCUGUUCACUUAUCUUCUGCUUUUUCUGUACUCCGUGUUUCCCAUUUUUUCAGCCUCCUUUGUUCUCUUGUUUUUACUACCUCUGCCCUCCUUGUGAUAUCCACUUUCCUUUAACAUCAGUCAAGUAAAAAGCUAUGGAGAGUGAAAGUCUGUGGUCUCAAAAUACAAUAAGUCACUCUUCAGUUAUUGUUUAUGUAUGGUUAGAUACUAUAUUCAAUACUACAAGGUUGUACUUUUUUUUAAGUAGACGCUCUUACAACUUAAAGAUCACUUCCCCUGUCGUGGUUGCGCACACUUCCUCUUAUACAACCUCCCUCGAUUGCCUAACCCUUGCGAGUGCUUCCUGUUGUAUGACGACUUUUUUGGUCUGCCAAUCGCCGACUUGACUGGACUGGUGUAAUACUUUUCUUUGGUUCGAGCUGGAGCUUCAAAAACACACAAGAGCGUGGGAAUGGACAUUAAGAAAGCAAACAGAGACAUGGUGUGGUUGUGCAAGCAGAAGUGAUGAUGGAACAGGCUGGUGUCUUGAGAUUAGUCAUGAAAGUCAUCUAUGCGGAGCAGGGCUGUGAGAUGGUUCAAUAAGAUCCUAACUCUAACCCUAGAUUGGUCAUUAUGAUACUUAAUUUGCACGUCGGUAUGAUGACGUCCUCUAAAAUCCCUCCUUAGUGACAUUAUAGGUGUAUAGUACCUUACUAAUGAAGUCCUCCACAGAACCUGUUGUCUUCUCUGCACAGACAGAGCUUGACUGCAGUUUGCAGACACAGGGUAUCCGCUGGGUCUUAAAAAGUCUUAAAACAUCUAACAAUUUGAAUUUAAGGUCUUAAAAUGUCUAAAAUUCUCUGAAAAUCUCAUAAAAUGUCUUAAAUUAUAUAAACGAAUAAUAACAUGCCAAAGGAAUAAAGAUUGAUUUGAAGUAAUGUAAAAUAAUCCGAUUUAACUUUAAUGUUGUUUGCACUUUUUUGCCAGUGCAGAUGUUAAAUGGGUCUUAAAGGGAUAUUCCUGCGUAAAAUUAAGUUAGGGUCAAACACAUCGUAACACCGAGUUAGACACCCCCUCGAAAGAUGAGUAUUGCUGACCGCUUGCUUCUCUAGUUAUACCAACUUUAGUAAUGGCGACGCUAACGAGACGCUAAGGCAGAAGAAUCAUUAAUGUUCUUCCAUUGGCUGCAUCACCCCACUGCAGUCUGUAAUGGACUAGUUUGGUGGCUAGUACUAUGGCUGGGACCCUAUAUGUCCUGUUGAUGAAGUUAGGUGCUGUUCUGAGCAUUAUUUGUGGCUAUAGAGUGGCUUUUUGGUUGAGGUGUGCAUGUGGCUUCUUAGACCGCUGUGUAUUGCUAUCGUGCGGUCGUUACUAAAGUUAGUAUAACUAGAGGAGCAAGCGGUUGGCAACAUUCAUCUCUCGAGGGGGUGUCUAACUCUGUGUUACGGUGAGUUUGACCCCAACUUAAUUUUACGCCAGAAUAUCCCUUUAAAAUGUAUUCAUUACAGUCUUAAAUUUGUCUUAUUGAAACCUGCAGAGACCCUGAGACAAACGAGCCUGAAGGACUUUAAUGCCUCUAAUGUUACAGUUUCACUGAACUACAGUAAACAUCAGAUUUUAAUGUUACAUAACAUAACAUCAACCUUUCAGUCAAGAGGGGUCUCUGUAAAGCCUAAAUAUCUCCCAUGAUAGGUGCUGUAAUAUUUUGCUAAACUUAUAGUUGUAACAGACACUAAAAAAAAUCAUACCAUCACUAACUCGCUGAUAAAUAAUAAUCUCUCAGGUAGUCAGUCUACAGCAUUUCAAAUGAGUAAUGACUCACCUCCCCAGACAUAACUUUGGUAAGGGAAGUUUAUGGUCAGACAAAUGAUGCAAAGUGUAUUACAAAACAGUGUGCUAUUAACCUGAAUUGUACAGGGAGGAUGAGGUGUGUGUGCGUCACUUAUAGCAGGUUCAGUGUUUGUUAUGGUUUCCUCUUAUCUGUCUGUUCUUCCUCUUCUAAUCUGGUGUACACCGUGCUGAAGGAGCCACAUUUACAUGAUGUUAAAUAUAUCCAUUUAGUCAGACCAAAAACAAGGUUCGCAAAUAUUGACUUGUGUGAACAUGAUAAUUCACUUGUCCCCACAUGAAAAUUCAGUAUUAUUAAUGAAUGAAUCUCAUGCUUUGAGUCAAACUCUUUCAGUCAAUGCCUUAUACUUAAUUUUUAAUGCAUCAGAUAACUAAGUGGGGGUGAUGUAUCGUGAGUGGGUGGCAAAUUAGACUCUCUACAGGGAGAACAGGACUCUUUAGUGGCAGGUCUUGUUCUACUCUGAAGAAUUCUAGUUUGCAUAGCCACCCCUUCACUCUACCUGUUCGUUAUUAUGACCGCAGACAUGAAUAAGAUGACUCGAAAUAUCUGUUUACAGGUGAUUAAUGAUGAGAUUAAAAAUAAUGAAUGUCUCUACAGGGGUUGCUCCAGUGUACCUCAACUUAUUUGGCCUGAUGAGUGAGAGCCAGCGAAUAUGGUUCCCUCCCAACCACAUCUUCAAACUCGACCAGUCAGCCUGUGAGAAGCUGCUCUUCAGAAUCAGGUUCGUAUUUUUGGCCUCUUUCAUUUCCUCAUUUUUGACUUUUCAUGUUUGCGUUUGAUAUGAAAGCGUCUCUCUCUAAUAGUGAACUGUCUGCUUUCCUUUUCUGCACAGAUACUAUUUUCCAGGCUGGUACAACAGCAGCAAUUCAUUGUAUGCCCAUCGCUGUGGUCUGACCAAAGGGAGAGAAAGCCCUGUGAUGGAUGACUGUGUCAUGGCCUACCAGUUUUUCCAGGUUGAUCUCUUAAUGUGAAUCUUUAUUCAACUAUGGCACAUUUUCUCAGUCUAGAUGACUUGUAGACUUCCUUGCACUGUAUACAAACCUCAGCCCAAAGGCUUUGUUUUCUUCAACAUGUAAUGGUAAGCAGAUAUGUUUUCAGCAAUGGGAGGUAAAAUAUGCAAAUUUUUUCGUGAGCCGUUCUACUGUCAAGAAAACAGGAUGUGGGGUCUUAGGGUGUUAAAAAAGUACAAAUGGGGAAGAAAUUUGGGUUAUGCUUACGUCUGUGUUUUUGUUUUAAUGUUUUGCUUUUUUUUUUUACUCUCCCACCUGUUAUGUGAACCUGACAGAUGCUGCUCUUAUAUGCUAUUACAUAACUGGAGUGUCAAACAACAGGAGGGGUUGUUAGGUUUAAACAAAACAAACAUGUUUUAUAAUCUGCUUCACUCAAAUUAAUCUGGAUGAUAAGAGGUUAAUCCGACAUAUCCUCGAAAUUUACGGUUCUUGAGUUUACAUUUGUUCUCACACAACCUUGCGAGCGUGUUCAGACAGGAGAAACCGCACAGUCUUGCUCGUGGUGAGGAAAUUUACAUCUCGUAUUUCCUCUUCUUUUGUGAAAUUCAGCUUCUGCUUGUGUUUUUUUAUUUGGCUCCUCCAGUGGCGCAGCGACUUUCUGAACGGCUGGGUCGAUAUUCCGGUGAGCCACGAAGCUCAGGAGGAGUGUCUUGGCAUGGCAGUUCUAGAUAUGAUGAGGCUUGCCAAGGAGAGUGGACAGUCACCUGUGAACAUCUGCAAUGACACCAGGUAGGCUGUAGUCCCUCAUGCACUUGUUUUACUGAUCUGAAAGGGUUCAGCAGUACAGGCUCUGAGAAACAAACGCCAUUGAGCAGUACAAGUGCAUGUACAAAGGCUAGAGUCCUUGGCUCUGGUUCAGUUUCCCUUGCUCUUUAACCCUCACAUUUCCUAUUUGUCCUCAUCUGUCUUGUCUAACGACCUCAAAAAUAACCCAUCCAAAAAAUAGACAGCCCAGGGUUCAUAGAUAAGGAAUAGUCUCGAGCAAAGUCAAACAGGAGAUGCUACAGUAAUCAUUUACAAAGGUACUUUACACCUGAGUGUUGUUCUGAGAUCAGGGGUAUUUCCUGUCUCGGUCAGGGUUGUUCGGACACAAGAUUGUGAACACGGCAAUUGCUUAUAAAAAGUGAGAACCGAGAGCACCGAGAAGAGGUGGUUUUGACCUCCUGCCAUCAGAAUCUGGAGCGGUUUGUAAGAAUGCAGUGAGCCCAGCAACCAGAACAAACUUUUGACUCCUCACAUUCCUUUUUAUGUGUGGGAGUUUGCAUGAAAACAGCGGUGAUCCAGCUUUAUUCUAGGUCUUUUCAACAAAUCUGAAUACGCUAAAAAAAAAUUCAUUUUACAGUUUACAGAAAUCAUGAAUCCACCAUCUAAAACUAAUGGAAUAUUGUGGGAAAUUUCAGUUACUUAUCUGUUUUUUUUUAUUCCUCUAACACACUUACUAUCCUUUAAACACCUGCAAAUGUUCACUAAGCCUUUGCAGUCUUACGGAACACUUUGAAGCACUUUUUCAUGGAGAUCCAGAUUUCCUUUUCCAGCAGGACGAACUUUUCUUUUAGAUGAUUACAGUCUCAUGCUUGUCUUGCAAACUCUCCCCUGAACACUGAAAAGAACUCAGCGACAUGCUGGUGUGCAUGUGGUAAAACUUGUGAUUCACUUUCAGUAUUUAGGACAGUGUGACAGACUCGUCAGCACACAGUGAGCCUAGAUAACUGUUUAUGUACUUAUCUUUUUGCAUAAGAAAAUAAGCCUGGUGUGAAAUGUGAUUAUCCAGCGGUGGACCCAGCAGGUACACUAGCUGGGUUCACAGAAAGCAUUUUAAGUGUCCAAUCUUUUAACCUCCCUCUUUGCCUAAAAAAAAACCUCAUACAUUGUUUAUUCUUCCCCACCGUCAGCUACAAGUCCUUCCUGCCAAGAUGCGUGCAAAACCGCAUUCGCGAGUAUAACAUCUUGACCAGAAAGAGGAUCCGCUACCGCUUCAAGAGAUUCAUCCAGCAGUUCAGUGAGUGUAAGGCCACAGUGUCCAACCUGAGGCUCAAAUACCUGAUGAGCCUGGAGAUGCUGCUGCCUUCCCUCUUCUCCGAGCACUUCCAAGUCACCGACCACUCCGCAAAGGAAGUCACCAUCAUCGUCAUGGGCAAUAAGGGCAUCCAGUGGUCAACAGGGAAAAAGGAGGAGGGAAAAGAGGAGGUGAGAGCAAAGAGGGGGUUCAUGAUGUAUUCAGGAACAGUGUGAUGUCCUUUAUUUUACCAACGGUUGGAAAUUGCCAGUAACAACAAGACCGCAUGUGUGUGCAUGAAUCCUCAUCUAAUACAAAUGCAAACCAUCAUUUGUUCCUUUUUGGCGCCUCCAGGAGCUGCAGACCUACUGUGACUUCACAGAGGUUAUCGACAUCAGCAUCAAGCAAGCCAAUAAGGAAGGCUCCGUGGAGAGCCGUGUAGUGACCCUCACCACACAGGACAACAAGAUCCUGGUACAGUAAACACUGGACUCCUCUUUCUGUAAACCAGAAGCUCUGGUCUGCUUCUGUCUUAUCUUAGGAACGCUACAGUGAUGACAGAGUUGGUAAUACAUUAUCAACAUCUGUCUUUUGGCUUUAAUUAAAGACAGAUUGUUAACAGGAGAACGUAUCUUUAUUUAUUCUUAUAAAGGUCUUCUAGCGAGAGUGAGGCUAGUUUAUGGGUGCUGUUCUGAUAGCAGCCAUUGAGGGGCAGUACAACCCUAUAAUAAGUCUGUACUGUAGCUGUUGGGCAUGAUCUCUUCUGCUGUAUGAGACAUCUGUUAUUUAACAGACUGGCUGAAGUUUGAUGGAAACAUAGUGUUAAACCUUAUACACAAUGCAGCACCUGUACAAAGGUGAUGUACAUAAGGUUUUGCAUACUUGAGUCAAACAUAUCAACAGUUAAAUGAACAAAUAAGUGAGUUAACUCCCCUCUGUCGUCAGGGUAUAUGCAGGCACAAAGUUUCAAAAACGUCUAAAAUGUAAUAAUUUGUAUUUAAGGCAUAAAAAUAUCUAAAAUUCUCUUAAAAUCUGAUAAAUUGUCUUAAAUACGAUUUCGAAAGGUCUUAAAAAUCUAUUAACUCUUUUUAUUUUUUUAUAAUUUUUUUAAUUGAGUUUCAUGCUUCCACCACAGAGUACAUAACCUUUUUCCAAACAGUACAAUAACAUAACAUAACAUAACAUAAUUUAUCACAAUCGACAUUCGUCCAUGGUGGUGACGGAAUAACAUGAAAGCCUUAUACAUUUGUACACCAACACGAGGAACAAAACCAAAACACACAGUAAACAGUUACAACAUUUAAAUCCAUAUAACACUCAUGCAGUCUCAUAGCCCACCCAACAAAAAUCACCCUCUAUACCUGCACAUAUCCUCACCCACAAAAAUGUAUUAAAUGAGUUUAAAAAAAAUUAUGAACUCUGCUUACAAAUAAAUAAAAUGCCAUAGGAAUAAAGAUUGAUUUGAAGUACUGUAAAAUUUUGUUUUUCCUUUUUUUUGCCCAUAUGGUCGCUAAAAGGGUCUUAAACUGUAUUCAUUCCAGUCUUAAAAAAGUCUUAGAAACUCAAAAAUUUAACUUAUCCAAACCUGCAGAGACCCUAAGUAUUAACUGUUAAUGAUUUGAAUCAUUUUGCAGUUAUGAAUGAAGCACUAAAUUAUUCAUACUUCCUAUUCAAUCACUCCUUUUUUCUCUGUGUCUGAUCAUAUAGGAACUGGAGUUUCACUCACUCUCAGGCGCCCUGUCUUUCGUGUCGUUGGUUGACGGGUAUUACAGACUGGUUGUAGACGCUCACCAUUACUUGUGUAAAGAAGUGGCUCCUCCAAGACUCCUUGAGUGCAUUCAGAGCUACUGCCAUGGCCCUGUGUCGUGAGUGUCACACCUAUGCAAACCUAUACGUGACAUUAACACUGCGCACCAACAACCACAGAACUCCCACAACUUCUGACUCUCUCUUUGAUCACAGGAUGGAGUUCACUCUUGGGAAACUACGUCGCUCUGGUAACCACCAAGGCUUGUACAUCCUCCGCUGCAGUCCCAGGGACUACGACAAAUUCUUUAUGUCAUUUGUGGUGGGGGUAAGUUCAUGUUUGUGUAGUUUUUAAUAAUGUAAAGUUCAGACUAGCUGGGUCAAAGUGUUGUGACUUUCAUCUUGGGCACGACUAAAUGCAAUACUUCUGUGUUGACAUUCAGUAUGAAUCCAUGGUGGACUACAAACACUGUCAGAUUGUGAAGACGGAGGCCGGUGAGUACAUCCUGAGCGGUGCCAAGAGGAGUUUCGGCUCACUCCGGGAACUUCUACACUGCUACCAAAAGGAGGCGCUACGUACUGAUGGUUACACAUUCCAGCUGACCAGGUGCUGCCCCCCCACCCCAAAAGGCAAGUGUUCACAUAUGAACAUACACUCCUCAACUACUGAGACCUCUCCAUCUUUGUAUAUAUGUUUUAACCAUAGACUGUAUAUAGAAUGGACAGCGUCUGCCUCCUCGCUGGGUGAAGCCAUCUGGAGAACAGCACCCUCUGGUGACAGGCUGCAGUAUAGGUCAUAAAUCCCGCCUCCUCCAGCAAUCCCUAUGGAGCUGUGGACAAACUUUAGAAAUUUAUUACACUGAAUAUACAUUUUUCUCCCCCCCUGUUUGCGAUGUUGACAUGUACUUAUUUUAAGUCUGGUUUGUGCUCCAGUCCUCUUUUUUCUGUAUAGCUCCAUUUUUAAAAGUUAUUAGGGGUAAGGCUGCACGAUAUUGGAAAAAAAUAAUAUUGCGAUUUUUUCAACCCUGCGAUAUAUAUUGCGAUAUUAAAAAUACAGUAUUUUCACUAGAUGACCUGAAUAGCACUUAAUGUUAUGCUGCACUGCUGAAAUCUUGAGGACAGUUAACCUGCUCUGAUCUUACCUCUUUUUGUGAAUGUUAGUAGAACGGCUUCUGUCUGUCUCAGAGAUAUUUUUAGCUUUUAUUGUGCUGGGACGUUAUUGUGGAAACAGAUGAACACAGAAGACGUGUUUUGGUCGACAUCAUCUUUCUUUAACCGAAAUAAUUCCAGAUAACUGACUUUCCUUUUCUUUUUGGCAACAAAUCUUCAUUUUCGGUGGUUUUCGCUUGUUCGUUGUUCAUUUUGCGAUCGUUGUUGUUGUUGUUAGCGGUGCUGUACCGAGAAACGCAUGUCCUCCGAGAAUUGCAUGCACCUCGCAAAACGCGCACUGCUUAUAGUAGAGUGGUCCACGGAAAUGUACAAUUUAAAACCCAUACAGUUCUUAUUUGUUGGGCUUAAUAGUCAUGAGUAAAGUUCCGAAAGUAAUUCUCAGCGGACACACGUCUCCCUCCAUGUGCAGAACAUGUGCAGGGGUGGGUUUUCUCCUCCCUGAUUUUGAUUGACAGCUGGCAGGGUAGUCUGAUUGGCAGCUGAGAAGUGAGUCUGAUUGGCAAUUGAGUUAAGGACGAAGGCGAUUGGUGGAUCGCUGCACAGCACAUGCAGAGUCACAUGGAGUGUAUCUCAGUCGGUUACCCUUGAAAUUAAAUGAGUUCAUUCACCUCCAAUAUCGCAGGCUCUGCAAUGUGACUAUCGCACACACGUACAUCGCGAUGACGAUAGUCAAACGAUAUAUCGUUCAGGCCUAAUUAGGGGGUUCAUUUUUAUCUAUGAUUGACACUUGAUACAGCCUACAGGUGUCAAAGAUUUUGUAGCUCACCUGGUGGAUAUGCUGUUUAAGUCGGGCGUCAUCACAGCGGCCCAAUUCCAAACUCCACCCUAAGCCCUCAAGCCCUGCACCCUCAUUAGCUUAGGUUAAGUCAGCUGGUAAGUGCUUGAGUGUGGGAGGGUUUAAGGGCUCCAAAAGGGUAUAAAACCAAUGGAACAGCCCUUUGUGACGUGCCACGUUACCUUGACGAUAGACGACAACGUUGACAACCAAAGAUGCGACUGACACUUGCCUCUCUGGGCUCUUAAUUCUGCAUUUAUUUCGCGGCCAGCGACGUUGCAGAAGAAAGGCCAACAUUGUUCCGCUCCUUUUGCACACACUUGCUCUUGAACAUAGACAACAGGUAAUUGGUAAAUAAUGAUUAGAUUAAUAAAUUAUAAAACCAGCAUUAAUGAUAGGUUAAGUGAUUUUGAAUGGUUAAAAGGUUGAAGCACUAGAUUCUGAAAGUAAUCACUGCUUUAGAGUGUUAGUUCAGGAUAAAAUGUAUUGAUUCAGAUAAAAGUUUGUGGUAAAAAUCAAUUUUCUUUGUUAGAAGAAUAACGCAUGCGUGUGUGUGUGUAUGUGUGUGCAUAUAUGUAUGUAUAUAUACACACACACACACACACGCCCACCAUACACGAUGCGGAACAUCCAUGUUAGAGUAUUAAGGGUGCACCUAGAUCCUGAAUGAACUGCUACUUCUUGAGCUUCUUCGCCAUGAUCUCCGUCAUUUUUGGUGUCUGUCGCGGACGAUUCCCUCGUUCCUUUUUAAAUCCUGGCCCCGGCUGCGUCGGCGUCCUCCAGUAACGCCCACAACGCAAUGAAUUGUGGGCAAUUUCAUAGCCAAAGUCUCCAACGGUACGGACUUACGGAAAGGGUGCAGAAAGGGGCGUUCCCGAGCCCUCGCUGACUUACCGAUUUCAUUUGGAACAACCCUCAAGCCCUUACAGAGCUCACAUGAGCGCGCACCUAAGUCAAUGAGUCAGUGAGGGGGUGGUUUGGAAUUGGGCCAGAGACUCCCAGCGACUCUGCCACCGUAUGCGUACAAUGCUACCGUGCAAGUGGUGGAGCGCGUACAACGCUACUGCGCAAUGUUGGUUUUAGGAAAUGGAGAAAAAUCGUGGGAGUACCGAGAGCUUUUCGGCUUUAAAUCUUUAUACUGGUGGAAGGUGGAAACAAGUAGUCCACAGUGUAUAUAGUCUAUGGUUCGAACCUUUGGCCUCUCAUUGAUUUUAUUUAAGUUGUGAUUUACUCUAUUUUAUGUUGAUCUGGACUGUAUACUUUCAUUCAUAGGCAGAUUGAGUAUCUUCUUUAAAAUGAGUUUAGCUCUGACUCACAGCACGACCCUUCCGUCUCUGUAGGGAUUUGAUCAAGUUCCUGUUGAAAACUGAUGAGUCAUAAAUCACUCCACCCGGUUUCGAUCUGGCAAAAGAGAGCAAAGUUGUUAAAUUUGAGAGCAAAAAAAAAAAAAAACAUAAUGGAUUUUUAUUAGACUGAUUUUUUUUGUUUUUUGAAGAACUCUUCUUAAUCAGUACAAUUAAUCAAUUAAAAGCUGGGGCACUAAGAAUUCGAUUUUAAAACUAACAGUGCCUCACAUUGGAACAUUAACAAAAUGUUGCGUACAUGUGAGAGUUUGCUGGAUCAUGACUCCCAUCUGUGUUUUUUUCUUUCCUCAGAUAAAUCCAACCUCCUGGUGUGUAGAAAUAACCAAGGGGAAGAGGCUCCACCGUCCCCGUCGCUUCACAAACACAACAUCAGUCAGAUGGUCUUCCACAAGAUCCGGAAAGAGGACCUUGUCAUCGUAAGAUAAUCCCUUUUAUGGAAAAGUCACUGGCGGAAGUUUGCAUUCCUUUUUUUCCUCACUAUCUAGUAUUGUCAUUUAUAUUUGUGUUUCCUCCCCCUUAUGGGUUUUAAUUUUUAGCUCGGUAUUAAGGUUCUGUAUUUAGGUGUAAGUGCUGUUGUGCUUUUAUAAAAGAGCUUUCAUAACUCCGACCUUAUUUGUAUCACUGAAUCCUAAGCUGUCAGAGUGUUGUGGUCAGACAAGGUAAUCCGGCUGAGUCUAAAGACCUUAUUUGGGUAUUUUGGCUUAUGAUCUAAACGGAUGAAUCCCUUUCUUUUGCCCCCAAUCACUCAAGUUUUGAUAAUUGCAAUGAUGUAUGUAUUAAUGUAUGUCUAUUUGGGGUAAGAAAAUCAGCCUGCAAGGUAUACAGUAAGAAAGAUUAGUGGUGUCUGAUUAGACAUGUGAUUAUAUUGUGCGACAAUUAAACGAAUGUAGAUGAAUGUAGAUGAGCUAUAACUUACAGUUUACACACCUGAAUCCAAAACACAGACAAAAAGCAGCUUUUCCUCCCAGUUUAGUGAGUUUCUCUGCACUCCAUCUCCAAAUUAGAUAAACAAAAUGACACUUGUGUUUCCAGAAAGAAAGUUUGGGCCAAGGAACGUUCACCAAGAUCUUCUGUGGCGUGAGGAAGGAGCUGACAGACUACGGAGAGAUACAUCAGAUAGAUGUCGUGAUCAAGAUCCUGGACAAGGCCCACCGCAACUUUUCAGAGGUCAGUGAGUGAGCGAGUGAUGAAAUGAGUCAGUGUGUGGAUCCAAAUGAAUGAAUUUCUUCCUUUUAAAUGUGUGAGCUUCACUACAACCCGGGGUGAGGAGCUAAAAUCUGCUCUCUCUGAUUUACUCUCUUUCAGUCGUUCUUUGAAGCUGCCAGUAUGAUGAGCCAGCUCUCACACAAACACUUACUCCUCAACUAUGGUGUGUGUGUUUGCGGCGAUGAGAGUAAGGGGACAACACACACACACACACACACAUACACACACACACACACACACACACACACACACACACACACACACACACACACACACACAUACACACACAAAGUAAUCUUUAACUGUAUUUUUAAAACAAUCUGCCACUGUUUUCUUGCUGCUGUAUCUUUGUCUCUUUUAAAAGAAUCCAAUCUAAUCCAAUCCGCUUUAUUUAUAUAGCACAUUUUAAAAAACAUUAUUCAAGUUUACCAAAGUGCUGCACAGUAAAAUUAAAAGAACAAACAUGUCAGAAAUAAAAAAGAGAAAAAAAAGAAUAUCAGCAAUAAAUAAAAGCAGGUAAAAAAACGUCAAAUUAAAUAAAAACACAAAAGCAUAAAAGAAAUAAAACUGAUAGAAAGACGUAAAGGUUAUGAAAGGACAGGGAUCACACAACUCUCAUGAAAAUGAGUUUUAAGACGUGAUUUAGAAGUAGGAAAAGUGGGGGAUGUUUUAAUCUCAAGUGGCAUUUCGUUCCACAUUUGGGAGCCACAGCCGAGAAAGCUCGUUCGCCGUGGGUUUUUCAAUGAGUUUAAGUGAUGACGAGUUGGAGCCUCAAGGAAAGUGGAGGGGUAUAAAAAUUUAAGAGUUCAGAUAUGUACCGUGGUUCUAUGAAAAAUGUUGACUAAUGUUUGUUCAAAGCUGUACUCAACAUUUCCUUUAUCUCCCACUGAGCAAUAGACGGCUAUUAGACAUCUAGUUAUUUUUUAGACCUAAUUUCAACCGUCUAGAUUCUGUAUAUUUUUAGACGGAAUUUAGACGUUGCACUUAAACCUGUUAUUCGAUAAGUAUUUAUUUCAAAAAGCAACUGUGAGUUGCAUAACUGAUCUCCAAGUACUUAACCAAAAUAAUUAUGAUAGCCGUUUAGCAAUAUACUGUUAGACCUCUGUUAGCUGGCUAGUCUAAAUUUGGUCUAAAUUUAGACGUCUGAAAACUUUCAUUUUUAGACCUGUGGCAGCCUGAUUUUAGACCGUCGUCUAGACUACAUUAAGACGUCUAUUAGACCUCUUUUAGACCAAAAAAUGCUCAGUGGGUAGUCUGCAAUAAAUUGUGUCAGAGAGCAAGCGGUGAAUGUAAGAAGAACAGAGAGGUUAACAGUGACGGUGACAGUCUUGCUGUAAAUUCACAUUAAUGUGACAGGAGGGUCUUCGCUCAGAGCAAAAGGGGGCAUGAGCCAACACCCUCAGGACUGUGGUGCUCUGGGUGACUGCGUCAUUAACUCUUAAUUCUGUUGUCAAUUUGAUUUCUUUGUGUUAGAAUCCACAGAGAUUUAUCUGCAGAAAACAACAAAAUAGUUUAACAAAGUGUCAAUAAGUGUGUUUUUUUUUGUUUUCAGAUAUGAUGGUGCAGGAAUACGGUAAAUUCGGGUCACUGGACACCUACUUGAAGAAGAACAAAAGCUGUGUUAACAUCACCUGGAAGCUGGAGGUGGCCAAGCAGCUUGCCUGGGCCAUGCACUACCUCGUAAGAGAGAAAACAGUCAAAGCAGAUCGGCAUUGAGCUUAUUUAGACGCUUUUUACUGACCUCCUGAGACAAGAGUAAAUCUUUGUGACUGUUAUUCCUCCUGUUUGUGCACACAGGAGGAUAAGAACCUCAUUCACGGAAAUCUCUGUGCCAAGAACGUUUUGUUGAUCAGAGAAGAGGAUCGGAUGACGGGCAGUCUGCCUUUCAUCAAACUCAGUGACCCGGGUAUCAGCAUCACUGUACUGCCCAGAGAAGGUGAGAUACAUGGGUGCUCGCACUAACCUGAUGUGAGAAGACACGGAUGUCACACCUGUUUGAUGAUGUGUGCGAACAAUGUUCACUAAGACAUGUUUUUUUGUGUGUUUUUUUUAAGUGUACCUCCUUGCUGCUGACCCUUAACUUUUGUAUCUUCCUCUUUCUACGUUUCUGUGUGUCCUCAUGUCUCUCCUGCAGUUCUUGUGGAGCGUAUCCCGUGGGUGCCCCCUGAGUGCAUUGAAAAUGCCCCAAGCCUGAGUUUAGCCACUGAUAAGUGGGGCUUUGGGACGACCCUUUGGGAGAUCUGCAGUGGCGGAGACAAACCUCUCAGCACCCUGGACUGCUCCAAGGUCUCAGACACAGACAGUAGAGAGAUAGCCGCCAUGUUUACAUGGGCACAAAUAAUCGCAAUAAAGGCCCGAUCGGAAUAAAAAUGCGUCUUGUAAACAUGUUGAUCCGAAGAUUCUGAUCCAAUUCGGCUCAAUCGGAAAGAAAUUAUAUUCUGAUCGAGAGAGGUGGAUUAUGCCGACCGUUAUUCUGAAGCACAUCCAUGUAAACACUUAUUUCAAUCGUGACUCUCUUACCUGACCCUAUCUUCACUCUUUAGCCUUUGGUUUACUUAUUGAGGUCAGUUCAGGAGGUUUCAUUAUUAACACUCUGGCAUAAAACACAACCGCAGGUGCCGUGUCUUCACUUUCGGUAACAUAACAAGGCGUACAUACAACGUAAUGAUAUCAUAUCUGCACGCACAGAGCAACCAUUGACAAAACAGUAAAAUAAGUAAGAAAGGGCGCCAUCUAGUGACAACAUUUAACAGGGGGGAACAUCCUGAAUUGGAUGGAGUGAAUCACUACCUUGUUUGUUGGUUUGUUGACAGCACAGGCGUCAAUACAACUCUUCUUCUGCUGUUGUUUUAGUGAAAUUAGACAACUCUGCACAUGUCCAAAUGCUUCUAGCGCAUGUUUAAGCACGUCAUGAUCUGAUCCCUCAAAUUUUUAAUCGGAUCAAGAAAUUUUGCCCAUGUAAACGUGGCUAAUGUUGACUUCCUGUGCAUGAUCAGUGUUCCUGCGUAGGUGUGAGAGUAGUGUUGGUUGCAAGAACAGUGUACACAUUUUUUAAAGUCUCGCUUUUUCUGUUUUCAUCUUCAGAAGAUCUUGUUCUACGAGGAUAGGCAUCAGCUGCCAGCUCCUAAAUGGACAGAGCUGGCUAAUCUGAUUAACAGCUGCAUGGACUAUGAGCCGUUACACCGACCUUCCUUCAGAGCAGUGAUCAGAGACCUCAACAGUCUCUUCACACCAGGUAGGAAGAGAUAUCUUCACUCACAAUUAUCUAUUUUGCAUGCAGGACAUGCACACAUUCUUACUUAGAAUCAUCUGGUUGUGUUGCAGACUAUGAGCUGCUGGUGGAGAGCGAUAUGGUACCAAACAGAAUGAGGGGCUUCGGCUUCCCGUGGGCUUCUGAGAGCCAGGAGCCGGCCCAGUUCGAGGAGCGGCACCUCAUCUUUCUCAAGCAGCUUGGAAAAGUGAGACAUACACACUCACAGACACAAUUUGCAGCCAUAACAUUAUGUCCACCGACAAGUGAAGUGACUUACCCACAUCAUCUUUUCCAUAGCACCUGUCAGUAGGUAUGAAUUAUCAAACAGUGAGUGGACUAUGUGUUGGGAGCAGUGAACAUUAUCCCUUGAGGGACCUGGGCUAAAUGGUGGCGGCUUCAUAACCGGGUCAGAGCAUGUUUAAGACUGCAGCUUGUGUGGGAUGUGGACCCUGGUUCUCAUAGAAAGGUGUCAAAACACGCAGCUGCAGACCUAAACGCUACUGGGCAGGUGGUCAUCAUUUUACGGGUGAUUGUAAAAUAUGUAUAUUUAUCUGUUGUUGCACAUGUUUGAAGUUCUUAUCACAGAGGGUGUUUGUGAAAUUAGUGAAGCUUGGUUGUUCAUCUCCUCGGCUGCCUUAUUAACUGAGGGAAGAGCUGAGCCACAGAGCUGUGAGCUCACAGCAGAUAGACUGAUGUGUGACUUCUGCCACAUUCUCACAAUAUCCUCCAAAGCAGUUCAGUGCUGGAUGUGCCGUUGUUUUAAUUUGUUCAUGAGGGUGUGAUUGCCUCGAUACUUUCAGAUAAUAAAGUUUCACGACUGUGAUUAUCACUCUGCUGCUGAUUCUCUUUGCUUAUUGUCUUCUCUUUGAGCUGCUGGCUUAAAGAAAGUCAGUUAAGGUCUUAGUCAUCAUGUGCUAUCAUAAUGAGGGAUGUCAUGAUACCAGAUAUUGGUCCGAUAUCAGCAGAAAAAUAAUUAUCGUAUUAUAUCGGCCUCAGUUACCUCAGAAGUCAUAAGUCAGAGCUGGGAAUGAUGUCACACCCGAGCUACCAGUGCCAAGUCAGAAAAAAGCAAAAUCAGAGGCGGAAACAAGAUGGCUACAUCUACAAAAGUCAUUUUUAGCGCUUGCCUUGUCCUUGCUUAUAUUCUGACAAGGCAAGCGUUAAAAUAACUUUCGUAGCCAUCUUGUUUCCACCUCAGAUUUUGCUUUCUUCUGACCUGGUAACUGAAACGCUGGUAAUUCGGGUGUGGCGUCAUAUCCAGCUCGGACUUCUGACUUCCGAGGUAACUUGAACUUAGCAUUAGCACUCCGAUACAAGCCGUCCAUUUCAGACUCCGCUCCUGCAUUUUUAUCUGGCAGCACCCUGAUCCAGCAUGUAGAGCCCACGUUAUCACAACAACAGUGUGAACUAAGGUACAAACAGACAGAGUAGCAAGGAGUAAGAGUGAUGUCGGCUGUGUGGCAUUUUUUUUUGUUUGAGUCCGAAAAGAUGUUGCAGCUGCGUGCAAAAUUUGUCAUGUGAUUAAUAUCCAUAUUGGCCAAUCCUGAAGGCUACAAUAUCGGUAUGGUAUCGGAAGUAAAAAGUUGUUUCGGGACACCCCUUAUCAUAAUUGCAUGUAAAGAGCAUAACCAAUAAUGGUGCAUAACUACUAUGCCACAAAAUAAUGGAUAACCCCAUCCCAGAACCAAAACUUCAUCAACUUUGAUGAAGAACUGGGAUCCCAACAGUCUAAUGACACCGUGAGGACAGCAUCUGUAAAAGAAUCAGAACAUCUGUAUAUGCCUGCAGCGGCUACAUAAUGAAGCUUUAAACCGUAUCUGUUGAUUUUCAUUUCUGUGUGCAGGGGAACUUUGGCAGCGUGGAAAUGUGCAGGUACGACCCCCUGCAGGACAGCACAGGGGAGGUAGUUGCUGUGAAGAAGCUCCAGCACAGCACAGCUGAGCACCUCCGAGACUUUGAGCGGGAAAUCGAGAUCCUCAAAUCCCUCCACCAUGAAAACAUCGUCAAAUACAAGGGAGUGUGCUACAGUGCAGGUAUGAUUCGGUUUGAGUUCUUUGAAAUAGUUACAGCAACCAAAAAGUGAGGUUCGUCAUCUCCUCUGCUCUAAAGACGGAUCUGGAGAUGUUUUCCUGACUACAAAUGUUCCUUUAUUUUAUCACGCAGACAGAUUUUGCUACAUACCAUAAUGUCUUUAGAGUCCCCAAACUUGCUGCCUUAGGUGUCUAUGACCAUGCCCAUGAAAGAAAUCAAUCUUGAUUUUCUCAUUUGUACCUCUGCAGAGGCCUCCACUCCACUGCUCCCACAUCAUAUUACCUCCCUUAAGUGUCGCACUUAACUUCUUUAUUCCUGCAGGACGAAGGAACUUGCGGCUGAUCAUGGAGUAUCUCCCCUACGGCAGCCUGAGAGAUUAUCUCAUCAAACACAAGGACCGCUUUGAUUCUAAGAAACUCCUGCACUAUGCAUCACAGAUUUGCAAGGUAAUGUAUUGCAGCUAGUGUGACUUUGUACCACCCACAGAUCAGAUCAGAUCAGAUCCGAUGUGGGGUUGUGUGUCAUAUACAGGGUGUGCAUAAACUAAAGUUGAUUUUUAUUCUUCUUUAUUUGAAAGCAAAAAAUUACCAACAUAACAGAAAGAGGAAGAGAAGUUCUGAAGCUCAUUUCAGCUCAUUACAUUUAUAUUUAAGGGAAUGGACUACCUCGCCUUGAAGCGGUACAUCCACAGAGAUCUGGCCACUCGAAACAUCCUCGUGGAGAGUGAGACGAGAGUGAAAAUCGGGGAUUUUGGACUAACCAAGGUGCUGCCACAGGACAAAGAGUACUACACAGUGAGAGAGCCUGGAGAAAGCCCCAUCUUCUGGUGAGGAAGACACACUGCACGUGUUUGAUGAUAAUAUUCAAAAAGUGUUUGGUAUUGUGCACACCUGGUUGAGUGUUUAAAGUUGAGAUCUGUUUUUCAGGUAUGCACCGGAGUCGCUGACAGAGAGUAAAUUCUCUGUGGCGUCAGACGUUUGGAGUUUCGGUGUCGUCCUCUAUGAGCUCUUCACUUACAGCAACAAGAACUGCAGCCCACCAGCGGUACCAAACUUAGGCUUUCUUUUACUUACUUUUUGAACUGCAGAAUUUCAUUUCUUCUUUUUUUGGUGAAGUAACUAUUCUCUCAUUUUACCCCUGAUUGGUUUGUCAGCCGUUUGACUAAAUGAUAUAAUUAUUUGACUUAAUUAGACCUCAUUUAGAGCUGUUAAAGAAAUCAGUUGAUUGAGCACUUAAAAACAGGAAACACUGCUCGUUGUUUUUUUGGGGUGGCAACUGUGGAAAGUUUUAGCAUUUUUUUAACGCAGCACGACACAAACUAUUUUGUCCUUUUUUUUCUUUAGGUGUUCAUGGAGAAGAUGGGAAACGAAAAGCAGGGUCAGAUGAUUGUCUACCAUCUGAUUGACCUGCUCAAACAAGGAUACAGGCUUCCCGCUCCAGAUAGUUGUCCAAAAGAGGUCAGUAACUCUGAAUGAUCAGAAGCCACAAAGAAAAACUUUAGAUUUAUAAAGCUUGUUCUGUGACAGGAGGUUGGUUCGUCUUUUAUUUAUUUUAGAGAGAUGGGGACUAUUUCUCGAUGGCGUUUGUCUCUCAAGAUGUAAUGUUAGAUCAAUGCUGAUUGUUUGAGAAAGAAGAAAACAUCAUUCUUUGACCAAAGCAGGAAAGGAUAUUAUGCUUCUUUAAACCCACUGAGAUAUAUAUAUAAAUAUACGGCUAUUAGACGUCUAGUUUUGUUUUAGACCUAAUUUCAACCGUCUAGAUUCUGUAUAUUUUUAGAUGAAAUUUAGACGUUUCACUUUAGCCCAUUAUUCAAGUACUAUUUAUUUCAAAAAGCAGCUGUGAGUUGCAUAACUGAUCUCCAAGUACUUAACCAAAAUAAUUAUGAUAGCUUUUGAGCAAUAUACAGUUAUGCCUCUGUUAGCCAGCUAGUCUAAACUUGGUUUAAUUUAGACGCCAAAAAACUUCCAUUUUUAGACCUGUGGUAUCCUGAUUUUAGACCAGUCGUCUAGUCUACAUGUAGACGUCUAUUAGACUUCUUUUAGACCAAAAAAUGCUCAGUGGGUAUUUAUUUCAAAAAGCAACUGUGAGUUGCAUAACUGAUCUCCAAGCACUUAACUAAAAGAAUAAUGAUGGCCAUUGAGCAAUAUACAGUGUAGUAUAGAUAUAGCCCAGAUUAAGACUUGGUCUAAAUUUGGUCUAAAUUUAGUCGCUAAUAAAACUUUCAUUUUUAGACCUGUGGUAGCCUGAUUUAGACCAGUCGUCUAGGCUACAUUUAGACGUCUUUUAGACCAAAAAAUGCUCAGUGGGAAGAAAACCUAACUUUGCAUUUAAAAUGUCUCAUUCAGUGUCAUAAAGUGAGUUCAAUCAUAAAAAGUGAGUAGAAUACCAAUGUUUUUUAUAUCUAUUUUGUUUAUUAUGCUGCUUCCCUCAGAUUCACAAGAUCAUGACGGAGUGCUGGAACAGCGAACCGAGACUUCGCCCGACAUUCAAAAAAUUGAUCCUCAGCGUGGAGACGGUGCGAGAAGGCAAGCAGCCUUGAUUCCUGAAGCUGCUGACUUCCAGGAGAUAACAGAACAGUGACUACCUUUGCAAAGCAUGAUGGACACUCUUUUUUCGCUCCACAAGCCUACAUGUGUGAAGAAUUUCACAGCGUUCGAAGGAUGAUGCCUACAGUAUUAGCACUAUCUACAUUUACCAGUUUCUUUUUACAGCCACAUCAAAUCUGCAAAUGAUCCGAUAAGUUUGUACACUACAUCUAACUCAAGCAAAAAGGAAAGUUAUUUCUAAGGUCUUUGAGAGUCUUUCACCGAUGCCUUAGAGUUAAACUUGUGUUUUUUUUACAUGUUGUGUGCCAUACAAUGUGUUUGAUGGUAGCCGUAAGAUACUUUUAUACAGAUCUGUAGUUGUCUGUUUGGAUUCAGUGUGAGUGUGAAAGUCAUGGAAGUGCUGUUACAAUAUGAUGAUUGAUUCACCAGCAAGAAGUUCUUCAGUUUUGUAAAAUUGUUUUGUAAAUAUAGAAGCUUUGAGGUGAGGAAGGAGGUGAUCUCAACGCACACCUGAACUGAACAUGACUGCACCGUUCAUCUGAAGACAAACCUCUGUGGUGUGGACGACUGUGCAGGACAUCUUCCGGUUCAUUUUGCUCGGCAUUACACGGACUGAAACAUGGAGCAUGUUACAAAGCAGCAGCUGUCGCAAGAAGACGCACUAUGAACGCCUUUUCAAGGGAUUUGAAGUCAGAUGAUUUCUGCCAGUGGACUAAACGGGGAUUAUUUUGUUGUUUUUAUUUCCUGGUGAAUCCUUUCUGAGCUCCUCAAGUUUUCUGGGACUACAUAUCUUCACACGUCAUCAUCUAUCAUUUGUUUACAUCAUUCCAGAAAUAAUUCUUCAUGGAGAGAUAGGUAUGUCUGAAUGAGCUUUUUAAGGUGUGGCUCUUAAUUUUGAGAAGAACCUCUAAGUGAAGAUGACUUACCAGUAUUUAAUUUAUGAACUCAAUAUUGAGUUUCUAACGCUGAGGCCCGUUGUUUUUAAGACAACCGAGCUGUGUUGUGAGGAGUGAAACAGUUUGUGCUGAAAGUGAAGAAAAAAAUUACAAAGGGAAAUAUUUUUGUAGUUUUCUUAUUGGACAAAGUAUACGACUUUGGUUUGUGUAUUUUUUCCCCUUUGUACUUAAAAUGAUGUCAACUGUAUGUUUGUGUUGCAUGUGCGUAUAUGUCAAUAUUUGCAUUUUGACAGUAUUGUACCAGGAAUUAGCAGGUUAUUGUCUUUUUCAAUAACAAACAUAUUGAAACACGUUUGUUUUUGUGAAUUCAAACAGAGAAAUUACAACUCUCAAAGGUUACCGUAAAAGGCUGUAUGGCGUCCUACAUGGCCGAAAAUGAGUCAACAGACUUGAUAACAAACCCAAACAUAUGCUUUAUUCCUCCUGGUGACUGGCCAGUCUGAAUUAUUGUUACAUGAUGUUUUAUCCAGAACAAACUGGUGUCUUGUAUUUUGUCUUUUUGGUUUGUUGAAGUGUUGAUAUUAAACCUUUGUCAUUUCA